AGGAGUUCCGCGGGUCUGAUGGGGAGAGCGGAGCCUGCUAGAUAGAGCGCUCGGCAACCUUCGGCGGUUUCCGUUGGGGCCCGGCCGCCAUUUUCUUGCUCCCCUCGCUCUCUCGCUGCUCGCUACCUGCGCGGCUCCCUGCCCUGGUCGCCAGCGCUUUGUCCUGUUCGGCGAUGGACGGGUGAGUGAGGGAAGGACGCCGCCACUGCCGCCGCCACCGGGAGGAAGAGAGGGAGGAGAGAGUUGCCGCCGCCGCCUCUCCCGCCUCCCUUCUCCCCCUUUUCCGAGGGGGGCAGGCAGCGCAUCCCUUAUGUGUCAGGGGCGCUUCCUUCCUUCCCGCCUGCCGGGCUCGAGGCGUGAGGAAAGCCUGGGGGUCCCGGGAGGAGGGGAGAAGAGGGGCGUGUGUGGGUGUUUUCCUCUCCCCGGGGGGAGGCGCCUGGCGAGGCGGCUGUCACUGCCCCGGGUGAGGGGCGGUGGUUGGGGGGCCGGUCUUGCCUUUUGACAGAGGCCUGGGCCUCUGGAAUGAGGCAACCCCGCUGGGAUGCUGGGCUAGACAAGGCCCCUGUGGGAAGAGGCCCCCCUUCUUUCCCCUUUUACAUCCCCGCGACCCGUGGCAUCCCCGCGUUCACACGUUACUGGCCCCUUUCCCCGUGGGGAACGCCCUUUUCUUCCCUUCCCUUGUCUCCUCCCUUGUCCCGUCCCUCCCGAGCUCACCCCUCCCCAUUGUUUCAUUUGGGUUAGGGUGACAGAGGAGGAGCAGCAGCAGCAGCGAUGCCCCCCAUUUGGGGCAAAGGAAGCAGGAGGAAGGAGGCUCUUUUGUUUCCAUUGGGGCCUUGUGUGUGUACAUGCCACCUCUUUUCUCCCAACCUCCCAAGGUGGAAAAAAAAGAUGCCUUUGUGUUUGCUGGAGACAAGGCAGACCAAGCCGAAGGAAAGGAAGGCAGGGAUUGCAGGCGUCAGCCAUAUGGAAACAAGGCAAAGGGCCUCCCUCCAUUGGUGGUGAGGAGCUUGGGUGGGCAGCUUGCGGACGUAUCACAGGCAAGGCCCUCUUUUUAUUGGAAGCUGGGAAGUCCCGCUUUCGGGGCCCUGCUCAGUGACAGCGUAAAUAGAGGGCUGAUUAUUUUUUUUUACUGCCUUCGCCAGACUUGAAUCUGCUUUUGAAAUGAAGCCGGCCAUCUCUUGUGUACAUGAUAAAAUGGUUGCACUGGCUUUUGUUAUACAUAUAAAAUAAAUAAGAUAACGGCAUGAUGCUUGGCGAUCAUAACAGGAGCAUGACGAGCCCUGCUAAGACUUGGGAAAGUUAGUCAACUUCUGUGGCCCAGGCUUGCAUGUAACUCGAAACCAAGCCGGUGGAUUGGCAGCGGGCAAGAUUAUUAUACGCACAAGUUGUAUUUUCUUGAGCAGCUAUUUGCUACAUCCACAUUCAGUGCCGGGUUCUAGUUCUAGGCUUUAUGAAGUUUCUUGCCCUGCCUUGCUAAAAUCCAUUUGCUGAAUUGCCUGUGCAACUCUUUGUUGACAUUAAGGACAUAAGAGGAGUCCUGUUGGAUUAGGCCAAAGGCCUAUCGUAGUCCAGCAUCCUUUUCUAACAUUGGCCAAUAAGAUGCCUGCAACAUGAGGGCAGUACUCCUAUUUCACUCCUGUUCCCCAGCAACUAGUAUUCAGAGGUGUGCUGCCUCAAAUUCUGGCGGUAGCAUACAGUCAUACCUUGGGUUACAGACGCUUCAGGUUGCGUUUUUUCAGGUUCCAGACCGCCGAAACCCGAAAGUACUUGAACAGGUUACUUCCGGGUUUCAGUGGUCACACAUGCGCAGAAGCGCUGAAUCGCAACCCGCGUCUGCGCAGACGCAGGUUGUGAAUGUGCAUCCCGCACAGAUCAUGUUCGCAACCCGCAUGUCCACUGUAUAGCCAUUAUGUAGCCAUGAUAGCCUUUUCCCCUCAUUAACUUUUCUAAUACCUUUCUGAAGUAAUCACCACAUUUCAUAGUAGCAUAGUGUUAACUACCGUAUUUUUCGCUCUAUAACACGUACCCAACCAUAACACGCACGUAAUUUUUAGAGGAGGAAAAUCCGUAGGCAUGCCACCCAUAGGCAUUUCCUCCAUAACACGCACAGACAUUUCCCCUUACUUUCUAGGAGGAAAAAAGUGAGUGUUAUGGUGCAAAAAAUACGGUAUGUACUGUGUAAAGAAGUGCAGUGGUACCUUGGUUCUCGAAUGGCUUAGUUGAUGAAUAAAUCGGCUCCCGAACACCACAAACCCGGAAGUAAGUGUUCCAGUUUGCAGACAUUUUUCAAAAGCCGAACGUCCGGUGUGGCCAAUUGAGUGCAGGAAGCUCCUGCAGCCAAUCAGAAGCCGCACCUUGGUUUUCAAACGGUUUUGGGAGUCGAAUGGACUCCUGGAACGAAUUAAGUUCGAGAACCAAGGUACCACUAUACUUCCUUUUGUUUAUCCUGAUUUCCCCACCAUUCAGCUUCAGUGAUCCAGACUCUAGUUUUGAGACAUGGAAAAUAACUUCUUCUACAUCUAGUUUUAUAAGCCUGGUCUGUUGUGCUUGAUUAGAUCUUGAUUAGGAUUUGCUCUCUUGUAUGUACUUUUACUGUUGUAAAGAAAACAUGAACAAAAGGUAUUCUUUAUCCUAUUUGGCUCCCAUUAUCACCAAUCCAAGUUUGGUUGUAUGUGUGGCACAAGGUAGUUCUUGCCACCUUGUUACUUCAGUAUGUCAUGAGUAAGUCUAAAUUACUACAAGUAAGCAUUUUAAUGCCAAAAUAUUUAAAAUAUAUUGAAUGUUUGGUUUCAAAGAGAAUUCCUUUCUUAUUAGAAAAGAGAAAUAAAAGUGAAUUCCCCCUUUUAAAAAUUUCUUUUCUUUUUCAGCAUUGUCACUGAUGUUGCAGUUGGUGUGAAGGUAGGUUAUGAAUUUAAUAAAUAAUCCCAAAUUUGGUAUGAAAUGUUAAUUUGUAAUGUUGACUAUUUGUCCCGGUCACUUUCGGUCAGAGGUGCCAGAAGCUUUUUCUGCUUCUAGUACACUGUAUGUGGAUUGAAUCCUCAGCCCCACCCACAAAAGAGGGACCAAUCUGCAAAUAACUUGAGUAUGUUAAUUUAUAUUUAUAGAUACAAAUUUAGAAAUAAUUGCUGUAUCUUAAAUAGAAAUUGAAUAUAUUUUGCCAUAGUGGGGAAAACUUUAACCAUGUCAGGUGACAUUGUAACCCUAUGUGAAUUUGAUUGUUUGGUAAGUAUAAGGCUGUGAUGGGAAACUUCUUCUUUCUGUAAAGGGUCAUUGACCCACCAAAAAAAAAUCAUUCUGGGAGCCAUACACAAAUACAAUGACUGACUGAUAGAAUGUCAACAGAUGGAGCUUUUCCCAUAAUUGUAUUCCAUCCCAGAAAGGGCUUAACCAGUUGGAUUUCUGCCUGCCAUGCAGCUUUUAAGAGCACAAGAACACUGCUCUCCUCCAAUAACAAUCCUAAAGUAUGCAAAGAAUACACGUUUCAUGAGUCCUAAACUGGCUAUAUUUUUGCAGGUCUUUUGAUCAAUUUAUCUCGGUCUGGCAACAUUCUGUCCAAGGCCAGGCAGGAUAUUUCAAAUGUGGGUAUCAAAAGAGAUUUAAGAUUUACUGCAACAUAGGUUCAAUUUCCUGUGCUUGGAUAAUUCAGUAUGUGCAGAGCAAUCUGUAAGGGUCAGUGGGGGACAUAACUGAAAGUGGAUGAACUGCCUCUUUCCAUUCCCUGCCACACCUGUGUUUUUUUCCCCAUUUUUCUACUAGUUGUGUAAUUUGUCCCAUGUUCCAGGUGUGUGUCUGGGGAAUGGAGGAGAUGUGGAUCCACAGCCUCUUCUGGAAUGCUUUCUUUCUGCACUUCCCAAUGUUCAUGCUCUGUCAGAACAGAAUUGGCUAUGUACCUUUCCCUUACCUCAUACUGGAGGCCUAGGAAAUCACAUCUCCCUCUCCAAGGGCAGACCUCUCUGCUCUCAUAGUGAAAAAUCUGAUGACUUCCUGGUCCCUCCCGUGGGCUGCGUUGCAGGAUUGAUAUAACCCAUGCUCUCACAAUAACAGCCCACUGCCCUCUCCUUCAGUAUAUAUGUGUGUGUAUAUACUAGUGAUGGGCUGCCUUUGCAGGGUAAUUGUUGUAAUUGUUGUUGUUCACCUGUACCAUCCUCUUGUCAAGCCUAUCGUUAAGUGGUUCUUUUCUCAACAAGUUUUAGCAAAUGGAAAGUGGACGUUAGCCCCUUGAAAUACCUUCCUAUAGAUAGCAAAUGUUUAAGUAAUAGUCUUCUGGAUCCAACCAGCUUUAUGUCUGUGGAAGAAAAAUAUUUCUGUUUUUACCUCAUGGUGAAUUGAAAUACUUUGAUAUUUUUCUCAUCAUAGUUCCUACUGUAGGGACUGUGUGUCUUAAGUGGAACUAGAAUUAGAGUGUUUUUAAUAUAUUUAAUGCAGAAUUCAUAAAAUAGGACUGAAAGGAACUAGAUUCUAGCUAUAUUAUGAACAUUGCAAAGGUCUAGGAUUCUAAUCAGUGACCCAAAAGUAGCCAUAAUGUUCUUAGUUUCUAGACUGCAGACUGGAAGUAUGUUGUAGAUUUGUGCACGCAUGUCUCCUUUCUUCCUUUUGUGGCUUGCUUUUACUGUGGUAUUACAUUACACGUGUGAUUCAGAUAUUGCCAAAUUGUGGUUUGACAUUACAUGCAUGAGCAGACACCUCCAAGUCACCCUCCUGCUUCCCUUCAUGUGUCAUGAUUUCUUUACUUAAUCCUGGGUUCUGGAUUCUCCACAAACUGCAGUUUACCAUUUAAUCCAAACCUAAGCUAUGGUUUGUGCAACCAAGGACCAAACCAUGGUAAUUGGUAUUGUGUGCCUGCUUCUACAUGCAGUAUUAAAUGAUGUGAACUAACCUUAUGUAUGAAAUACUAAUUAUGUAGCAUUAGUGUUAAACAGGGUGGCUCUUGUAUGCAAGCUUUGAAGUGGGUUUGCAAACCCUGGUUAUGAAGGAUUCUGGUUAAUGUUAAUUAUGUAUUUGCACCAAUGUAACUGUAAUGUUACAUCAUAGCAAAAGCAGGCCAUGAAAUGGAAAGGGGAAUUAACAUGGAAGAUGGGAACAUGCAAUCUCAAAGAAUUCUCACAGGGAUAAAAAACAUGCUUGAAUUGGACCUGCAGUAAGAAUCUUCAAAACUGUCUAAUCUGAGAACAGAUUAUACUAGGAUAACAGGUAGUAAUAACCUUGAAUUUUGGGGUAUUUGAGAUCCUGGUUUAUUUUGAGUAGUCUUGAUUAAAAACACUACUGCUCUGAAACACGGAACCUGUAAAAUUGUAAGUUCGGAUUAACAUGGGGUAAAGGCCAGGUGCUUUGUACUUUAUACUCAUAUACCGUACUACAUCAGUGCUUGAAAAACAGUGGUGGUAAGAGAAAGAAUUAAGCAACAAUGUACCUCUGAGCAUACAUCCAGUCUAGGAAUUUGUUUUCAGUAUCAGAAUUGCUUUUGAAAUCCUUUCACAUGCAAAUCACUCUUAUUUUCCCUAGCUUCCUUUGUUCUUAAAUAUUUGAUAGCCAGACACCCUUUAGAUCCACUGUAAAUUAUUCAUCUACCAGUGGAUCCUGAGACGUCUGCUACCCCAUACCUGACUUAGAUAAAGCUUGCUAUGGUACAGUGCUGUGCUUAUAAAAUGAAUAUGCCCUUCUUUUGGGAACAUGUGAACAUAUUUGGACCAGUAACAGGAGUAGAAUCUCUCAAAGCUAAGCAUAUAUACUUUGAAAAUGGAAUUGAAUUCUGGGAGCACCCAUCUUAUAUUCUUCAACACAACUGCCUCUAAGAAGAAUAUAAACUGUCAUUCUUCCAGAUGGCAUUUUGCCUUUUGCAGAGUUGAACUGACAGUUUUGAGGAGAUAGUUUAAUUUGUCAAAAGCAUCAUUGGUGAUAUCAGCACAGUUCUGGUCAAAGGACUGUCUGGCUUGCUGCCUUCCUUCUUCAGCAAAAUAAGCAUGUCAUUAACCGCGCCUCUUAACUGGAAAUGACUUUAUUACUUUAUUUUAAGUAAUACAUAUUAACUAAUAACUUAUAAGAAUACAAUGGUAGUGGGAAGCAAAACAUUUCCUGGCAUGCUUUGUAGCUGACCAGCUGACUGACAUCAAAAAACCAAUUAAUUGAAUGGAGCUCUGUUGUUAAAUGGCUUUUCAUAAAGUGAAAAUUGGGCAGUGCAGGUUAAAAAUCUGUCUGGCUGUAUGGAUUCAUUGGGCGCACACAUCUUUCUGAAAUGAUCACAGUUUUCUUCCUCAAGGCAAGUCAUACAGUUUAAUUUGUAUGAACUCUUCUAACUAGAGCUAUAGACAAAAUUUUAUAGGCCCUAAAUGAAUUGUGCAAAUAUUCUGGAACAUUUCCAAAAGCAUGAGUCUAGGAUGUACUUUUUGUGUACCUAACAACCUAAUCUUGCUGUUCCUCCUUGGAACAUGUUUAAAACGGCUAGAGCUGGAUAUGAGUCUGGGCAACGAAGUCUUAGAGGAGGGACUGUAUGGGUUGGGGGGGGGGGAAGCUGGCCUUUGUUAGACUGAUUUUGGUUUAGGGGUUUCCAUCUGGCAACUUCUUGGCUAUGGUGAUGGUUCCAUUUUUUGCCUGCAAAAAGCACAAGAAAUUGCUGGUUUACAGUUCUGCUUUGCAAAAUGUAUAUUGCCCAUUCCCAUUAUCAGUAUAGGAAUUGCUGUUUGAAUAGUAGCUGAUUAUAGGUUUUGUCGAUUUAUGUGGUCCUUGCUAUAAUGGGACAGGUAUAUUUGUACAAAUAUACAGUGCUUCACCAUAUACUCUAUUGCAGUUACGGUAUUUCUGUUAGUGAAACUAGGGUAUUAGUUUUGUAAAUCCGUAUUUGACUUGUAGACUGAAUCACUUUUUGUUUGAAACCACCUACACAGAUUUGUUUGGAAAUAUUUGGAACACACAACCCACUUGAUUUAAAAAAAAAUAUUUUUGAGGCAUGGGAGAUAAUGACAAGAACUUUAUUCCAAGGAAGGUCAAAAUCUGUACUGUGGAAGUGUAUGAAAAUAUGUUUCAGGUCCAGGUUUCCAUUCAAGAAAACAACUUACUUAAAUUCUUGGAACUCUAUAAUCAUAGUAUCUUUUUUGUUAGGCAAUGAAAUGUUGUGUGUAGUCUACAGAAAACAUUAGGAGGGCAGCUUAAAUGAAUAAUAAUUGAUUUACUUACAAUUGUCUGUAAUUAGAUACAACCUAUUUUAUAAAUGAUUUUUUUUUCAUAUCUAUGUGAUCACUGCCUGUGAGCAUUAUAGAGCAGGUUAACAAAAAAAACAUCACUUUUCCUUCCUAGUUAAUGGCUCCGGAGGCAAAGUAAUAUACAAAAAUUACUUUAACCUUCAAAGUUAUGUGACUACUCUCAUGCCUUUCAUAAGAACUUAAGAACCUUGCUGGAUCUGACCAAGGGCCCAUCAAGCCCAACCUCCUGUUCUGAAAGCUGCCAAUCAGAGACCAAUGGGAAGCAGAAUAUAAACAGGAGAACACUCUGCCCACUUACGUCCCCUCAUCCAUAAAUUAAUUUGCCUAAUCUUUUAAAGCUAUCCAAAUUGACGGCCAUCAUAAUGUCUUAUGGUAGUGAAUUCCAUAGUUUAAUUAUGUGCUGUGUGAAAAAUUACUUCCUUUUGUGUGUCCUGAAUCUUCCAACAUUUAGCAUAAUUGGAUGACCCUGAGUUCCAGUAUUUAUGUGAGAUGGACAAAAACGUCUCUUUAUCCACUUUUUCCACACCAUGCACCUCUUACUAUGUCCUCUGUUUGCUUCCUUUUUUUCUAAAACUAAAAAAACUGUUGUAACUUUUUCUCAUAGAGUAGUUGCUCCAUCCCUGGAGCCAUGAUAGUCUGUUGCUGUAAAAAGAGCAAGAACAAAGACUCUUGUGGGACCUUAAGCCAUAAUAAACUUGUUAGUCUUUAAAGUCCAACAAUACUCUUUUUUUGUUUUUUUAAUAAUUUUUGUUACCUUUUUCUGCACCUUUUCCUUCUUUCCUUUUUGAGGUGUGGCAAACAAAACUGGACACAGUAUUCCAAGCAUGGUUGCACCACAGAUUUUUUUUAACGCCUUCUGUAUUUCUGCAAUAUUCUUUAAUCGUGUAGAAAUGCCCUAGCUAACAUGUUACUAUUCUUAUUCUUAUUCCAAAGUUAAUGGCUUAAUGAGGUGAUAAGGUUUUGAAUACUUGGGAAUUCAAAGUUUUUCUUCUUCUUGCUAUUCAAAAACCUAAAUGCCUGUGUUAUGCUUUCCUAGUAAUUAAAGAGAUUAAAGGGUGAGUCAUCACUUGACCUACUAUGAUAGGCUCAGAGAAUUGGAGAGAAUUCAUGGCCCUGUUUCAGCUAUGUGGACAGAUGGCAUAAAUAAAAUCUCUACUGUGGCAAAUCUAGAACAGAUAUUUUCUCUGUAGGCCUAGGAGACAAGAAUGUCCUGCUAAAAUACUACAUAUUUGUGGGUGCAAGGAUAAUAUUUGUAGAAUCAGAUAUUUGACUGUACCCAGUGUAUUGUUGGCACUAGUUAAGUACCUAACCAAAUUUAUUACUAUAUUAUGGUGCUUAAGGAAGGUAAUACAAUUUAAAUUUCCUCUCUUUUGGGGAUAAAUUUCAAGAUAUGGAGGUGUUUCGAGGAAUACAGCCUAAAUUCAGCCUGUCUGUUCAAUUCCAUGCCUCUCCUGACUCAUUUAUGCUGAUCAAGGAGAGGGUUGACCAGCUGGAUUCAGGGAGUGAUUAAUACCUCUUUGUGAGAAGAAAUAGUUGCAGUCAUUUUGAAGGAGGUGGGUUUGAGGCCAUUUCCAAAGGAACUCUUUCUAGACACCAAAUAUAGUCAUGAUUGUUGUUCAAAUAAAACCUUCCCUGUACUGGAAAGGUUGUCUAUGGCUAGAGGGUGGUGACUGUAAAAUUCAGGCAUAGUUUGAAUGAUGAUGGAAUAGAUUGACUUCGGUAUAGCUUCUGGCUUGUCAUCAGAACUAAAACUGCAUUGGUUGUUAUUUUAUAUGAACUUUAUUAGGAGAAGGAAAAGUGAAGUGUGAUCCUGCUAAUAUGUCUGGAUCUCUCAACACUUCUUGAUACCAUCAAACAUAGUAUACUGCUGGAGGGGCUACCUAGUAUUGGAACUGGAGGGGCCAUGAUUCAAUAGUUUGCUUCCUACUUAGAGAGACAGUUCCAGAAGGUGGUGCUGGGGGCUAUUGCUCUGAACCAUUGCAUCCGUUCUGGAGUUCAUUAGCACUUCCUUUUGUGCCUUAUGCUCUAUAUAACUUUGGGUAAGGGAUUAUCACCAGGCUCUUUCUUCAUUUUAUCAAUGCAUGUGAGAUGACACGGGCAUACUGAAUUUGUGUCUGAAGACAGUAGUGGUUUGCAUGAAAUUUAACAACCUAAACUCCAUUCAGACAACAUGGAAGUGCUGUUGGUAGGUGGCUGGUAUGACUGCUAAUGCAGUGUUCAAUCUCAUUUGGGACUGCACUCCCCCAAGUGGUGCCCUCCAGAUGGUUUGGACGAAAACUCCUGUCAUUCUUAACUAUGAACCAUGCUGGCUAGGGCUUUAUGGAAAUAGGUGGUGAACCUGUGAUCUGAGGAUCAAUCUUGGCUUUCAUAUUUGCCCCCCCCCCCAUUAUUGUGUGGUGAUUUAUCUCCCUUUCAAGAGAUCAAGCAGGUAGUGGCUGCUGAGCUCUAGGGCAUUCCUGAGUGAUCCUGAUCUUCUAGAUGUACUUUAUUCUGACCUCUGCUUCAUUUUUGAGACAGUUUGGUGGAUGAUUAAUGCCAGAGGAAAGCAUCCUUGUUGAUUUUCCAUAAUCUCAGAGUCACAUUAGAUACCAUUACCAAUUACAUACUUUUGGAUUGCUUGUCCUGGAGGAGUUUUCUGGCUCAGUUCUGAGUUAUACCAGAAUCUGUCCACCAAGAAGGAACUGAAAGUGAUGGUGGGAUACUGUAGCUCAGUAUCAUGGCAUUUACUCUAUGGUGUCCUUCAUGGUUUUGUAUUGUGCUUUGCACUGUUCAACACAUUCAUGAAACUACUGGUAGAACUCAUUUUGAUGGCUGCAAUCAAUAUAUGAUUGAUACCAAGCUCUCUCUCAUUUCUUUUCAUUAAUUCCAGAUGUGGGCAUAGGUGUCCUGAAUAGGUGCAUAGCAUGCUCAUUAGUAAACUGACAAGACAAGAGAGAAGUGUCAUUAGCUGAUAAUGGCAUAUCUUUCCAUGGGAGCAAUAUUGAACCUGUUCUGAAUUGGGUUGGCUUCUUGAAGGAUCAGCUUCACACUUGGAUGUUAUUUUACAUUCAGCGUUGCUGCUGGAUGCAUAGGUGACAUCCAUAAUGUGCCUUCAACUAACUUCAGUCGUAUUUGGUGUACUUAGGCUUCCUUUUGAAAACAAUUUGGAAAUUCAGCUGAUGUGAAAUGUGAAAGUGGGGCUGACUACUGAGAACAUACGCCAGUCACAAAAACAUCACUAGCUAUCACUUUACUUUGGGGCUCAUUUCUAAGUGAUAGUAUCCACUUGGGAGGCUUUGUGAAUAAGUUAAUUUAAAUUAUUAUUGAAAUGAGCAAGAAGAAAAGUUGACUUAAAUCAUUGAUUUGAAUUAAGAUUUUCAUUGAUAUCUUCUUCAUAUAUUUCCUAAACAGGGCUCCAAGAAAAUAAAUAUCCAGGCAAUUUCGUUGAUUCAUAAUUUCCUGCAAUGAGAACAUAAUCUGUGACUGCUUGUAACAUAUUUAUAUCAAUUGCCCUUUGAAGUGAAUUAGUUUUCUUUUUACAUAGAAACAGACUUUAAUUCAAUGUUCUUGUUUGAACGUAGUGCUAAAUAAUGGUUUAGAGCUACAUUCCGACUUUAGCCUUAGUUUUAAUUAUGGUUCAUUGGUCCAAGAGCGAUUUGUAAACCACCGUUUGAAAUUUACUUGUUUGGACAAACUAUAGUUAAAGUUAACAAGAGUUUGCGAUGGUUUUGAUAUAUUGGCAAAUCCUGGUUGGUAGAAAAUGGAAGUAAAUGCUUCUAGUCACCAUUUGCAGCUAUGCCAGAGAUGGGGAAGUAGAACUGUAGGAGUCUAAGGCUUGUUUAUGUAGCACCAAAUCAUAGUUUAAUGUUGUGGCUGAACACAGCCAUUAUAUUUGAAAAGGGUUAUAUAUGCAGUUUUAAGAUAAGUAUAUAAUUUACAUUUUUGUAUUAAGUUCAUAUUUCAUUUUCAUCCUGCUUAUUAAAAAAUCACUUAAUUGAAAUUUAAAGCAAAAAUCAGAUUUAAGUAAAAUAUCAGUAAAAAAGUCUACUGUGAUUGCAACAUGAGGAAGCAGCAAAAGUAGAUACUUUGCCACAUUUCAUAUGCAUUGCAAGAAAUUGAUCUUAGUUUACAAAUUUAAGGGUAACUUGACCCUUUAUGAAAUAUAUCUUUGGGAUAUUUCUUGUUAUCUUUCCAGUGUGUCUGAAAAGUUCAAUUUGAAACUGGAAAAGACCAAAAAGGAGAUGGGACAUAAAUAGCUAUAUUAGAAAUCAUAGCAAAAUAAUAAUAAUAAUCAGGUUCCUUUACAAAUAUCAUUUUGAUUGUAUAUAGAUAUUAUUUUUUUCAUGACUGUUGUAAGCUAAGGAUGCUAACUGAAGCUGAUGCACUCUUAGUUUUUUAAAACAUUUUAAUCUUUCCAUAGGCUGUUGAGUAAGUCUUGCUAUCUUUACAAGUUAUGUGCAGUUUUCAGUGAAGAAAUUGUCUGUAUUGGAUGAACAAUUGUAUGUUAAUAAUUUUAGUUUCUUUUGACUGGCUACCUGAAAAGAGUCGUGGAGGAAAUCUGAUAAGUCUUCGUUCACACAUCACCUUAAACCAUAGUUUAAAACAAGCUGUGAUUUAAUGUGAACAAGCUCUAUGCUGUUGCAUGAUGCUUAAAAGUUUCUGAGGUUCUCAUUUCCCAUGCCUGAACCUGAAUUUGUGCUUUGUUUCCCUCACCAAAAAAACCACAAGCAGUGAGAAGUUGGUUACCGCUUCUGGUUUGUUUUUGUCCAUGUCAUGGCAAGAGGAGGGGAGGAGUACUCAGGAAUAUUUGAGUUGUUUGCACUAGUGUGCUUCUCGUUCACAUUAAGCAAUAGUUUGUUUUAAACUUUUGUUUGAUGUGACAUGUGAAUCAGGCCUCUAACUAGGUUUCCUAGAUACUCUUUUUAAAAAAAAAGAUAUUUCACACUUACAUGCUUAAUAUUAGUGUUUGUAUUUUUUAAAUGGCAAAGUGCUUACUGUUUCUUUCUUUUUAGAGAGGAUCUGACGAGCUUCUUUCAGGCAGUGUACUCAAUAGUCCGAACUCUAACAUGAGCAGCAUAGUAGUUACUGGUAAGUGAUGCUUUUUGAAAGGAGACUUUUUUCAUUGUAGCAUCAAAAUGUAUCCAUGUUGCAGAAGAAGAAUGAACAUCUGGACAAACAAUGUUUAUUAUGCCUUCUUAGGAUCUGAGCACUGUCGUUUUUAAAUAUCAAAUGCCUAAUACAGUACUUGUAAAAAAAUAAAAUUCUGAUGCAUGAGAUUUGGAGUUGCCCAGAGCAGAACUACACUAGCUGGACUUUCACGUGGGCAGAAUUGGAUGGGGGUGGUGAGGCAGUCUUCACCAAUUCUUUCUGUGGCCCCCUAUACCUUUCCCCCUAAAAAUCUGUUCUGGAGGGUUGGGGAACCCUCUGCAAUACUGUGGGUAGGAGGCAUAAAGGACUGCAGGGGAAAGGGAGAAUCACUGGACAUUACCUCCCCCAUCUUCCACCAAGGAGCCUCCAUUGGAUCUUGGUCCCUUCUUUAAAUGAUAGGAUCUCUUAUUUAGUUCAAUGCCAGGUCUGAGUCCAAGCCUGCAUAACUUUAAAAAAAGGGAUUCUCACAGUUUAUUUUUUAUUGAUUUUUGGCGAGGGACCUUCCAUCAGGCAAGGAAAGAGUCAUGCAGGCAUUUGCGCUUUCUGCCUGUCUGCACUGUGUCAUCCAGCCAGGAUCUGUUUUUAUAUCCUGUGUUUCAUUUAUGUCAGGGGUGCCCAAACAUUUUUCAAAGAUGGCCAGAUUUGAUGAAGUGAAGAUGCGUGAAGGCCGACCAAAGUUGUUGAUUUUUUUUUUAGGAUUUUACCCCAGUACAUAUACUGCCACGGGAGCUGGAUUAAAUCAACCGGUGGGCCGAAUUAGGCCCCCGAAACGGAUUUUUCGACAUGCCUAAUUUAUGUUGAAACCUCUCACCCACCCCUAUUUUUUUAAGACAGGUUUGUGUUGCUUUAGGAAGUCAGAGCAACACGUGUCGUUUGUACCAGGUCUCCUAUUCCUCUUUGCAGAUUACCUCUCCAUCCCUAGGUGAAACACCAUUUCAAAUAACAAAAUGUUAUAAAGUUUCCUCUGCUAAAAGAAUGGCUAUAUCCUAUUAGUUUGGGUGGCUUUUUGAACUACUGAUAGUACUACUACUGUCCAUAACUAUUAUACCUGGAUGUAGCAGUAGAGGUGGGGGAAAAUACAAGCCCCCUCCAGCAAUCAGGCCAGGAUCAACUAUCAAAUGUCUCCUCCCCUCCAAGGACUCGUGUUUUGUAGUCAUUAUAUAGCAAUUAGUAACUGACACUUGAAUCUGCAUAUUUUCACUGCCACUCCUCAUCCUGCCUUCCCUUAGUGCAGGGAAGGGACUCCCGCUCACAUCAGUUGCAGGGAGCAUGGACAGUAGUCAGGAGUAAUGAAAGUUGUAGUCCAGAAACAGUUGGAGGGCCACAAGUUCCCCACACCUGCUUUAGUGUCAUAUGUCUCAGCUUGUAAGAUCUGUCCUGAUCAUUGUACAAUGCUUAAGAAUGUAUUAAGUCAGGGGUAGGCAACCUGUGGGCCAGAUGUGGCCCAAUCGCCUUCUAAAUGCGGCCCGUGGACGGUCCAGGAAUCAGCGUGUUUUUACAUGAGUAGAAUGUGUCCUUUUAUUUAAAAUGCAUCUCUCGGUUAUUUGUGGGGCCCGCCGGGUGUUUUUACAUGAGUUGAAUGUGUGCUUUUAUUUAAAAUGCAUCUCCGGGUUAUUUGUGGGGCAUAGGAAUUCGUUCAUUUCCCCCCCCCCCCAAAAUAUUGUCUGGCCCACCAUGUGGUCUGAGGGACAGUGGAAUGGCCCAUGGCUGAAAAAGGUUGCUGACCCCUGUAUUAAGUGCAUAAUAGAACUUAUUGUGAAUAGUUACCCUUGAAUACUGGUGUCAGCUUUGCAGAUAGGUCUGAAGGGGGUACCUGCCAGAGUGGCUGGGAUGGGUAUGUAUAUAUAUAUGUAUGCAUGCAUGUAUAAAUAAAUUAUUAUUUCUUCAUGAGCCUUUGUCUCCCAAUACUAUGAGGGAAAGAGAAAUUCCCAUGCUCAAGCCUUCAUGAUACACUUGUACAAUGUCAUAGAAAUUGAGUGCUGAAUUAUUUCUCUUCUGUCACCUUAACUAGCCAGUAGAUACUGUAGAUUCCGGCGUAUUAGGCAACUGGGCGUAUAAGACGACCCCCCCCCCCCCAUUGGCAGUCUUAUAUGCUUCGCUGGGCAGUGACAGUGGGCGGCGGGCUCUGCGCCGGGAGGAAGCUGCCCGGUGAAGCUGCCCAGCGAUGCUAAGCCAGAACGCGCCACCCACUGCUGCUGCUGCAGCAGCUUUAGCAGCUUCCAAUGCAGUGGUGGGCUCCACGCCGGGAGGAAGCCAUACCUGACGUAUAAGACGACCCUCGACUUUUUAACCUCUUUUCCGGGGUUAGAAAGUCUUCUUAUACGCCGGAAUAUACCGUAAUUAAUGUGUUCUUUUUAUGCUGGACUUUUAACUGUCCAUCAGAUUUGGGUUUAUCAGAUUUUAUUGUAUUUUAUUUAUUUUAUUUAUUUAGCCACUCUGGGAGGUAUGGCUGAAGAGUGGGUAAUAUGUUUUGAAAUCGUAUAUAAAUAUAUUAAAAUAGAAUUAGAGUGGGAGAGCCAUGUAGCUAUAUCCCUGCAUCAGUGGAGACUUGUGCAGUAGCCUGGAGGCAAUUUUUAAUUGCUAGGUAAGUUGCUAAUUAUAAACUUGAGUUAUGUAAAUGUUAAUUAUGGAGCACUGUAAACACAUUUCUUGUUUAUAAGAUUCUAAGCAGGGAUCAAAAUUAAUGAUGUAGCAAUAUAUUUAAAAUUACCUUUACUUUAAGUAUUGAAAUUAGUUCCAAGUUGAAAUGGAAGGGCAAGGGAAAUAAUUUUGGUAAUAUUUUCAUGAACCCCUCCACGAGCUGUUACUUGGGUGACUUUUUUGGGAUGAAGUGAGGGGUAAAAGGGUAUAAAAAACAUGUUUGUUGUGAGAGGGAAGUAUUUCUUCAGUCUAUCAAGAUAGGAAGCAAACUUUUUGCUGAAAAUGUAGAUUGCCUUGGGAGCUGGGAAGUUCUUUGCCCCUCUUCAUGGACAUCCAAACUGAAGUCAAAAUACUGCUUCAUUUGCUCUCAGUAACAUAGCCAAUCACCUUUGGCUUUAUCACAUUCAGCACUUGAUUCCUAUUUUUUGGUGAAGAAGAGUUAUUUUUUUCCAAAUGAUGUAGCAGCAGCGUAAUAUCUCUACAACAUAAUAAUAAUAAAAGGCAGAGAAUAUUUUGCAUCUGGUCUGGAGAAGAUUUUUGCAUUUUGGUGUGGAGAAGAUUUUGCAUCUUUCAAAGGUUUUUGACAUUAAAAUCUAAGAUUUAAGUGUUAGUAUUUAGUGCAGCACUAAUUGGAAAGAAGAGUCCUGUGUUAAUGCCCAAAAGGAGUAGCUCACUUUUUAAAUAUAUAUAUAUAAAGAUGCAAUAUAUAUUGCAUCUUCUUAUAUGUCAGAUGCUACUCUGGAGAAGACCUUCCCCCAGCCCCAAAAGGGGCCUAAAAAGAACCCCCACUCCUUUGCAUUCAUGCUUGAUAUUUUGGUCACAUAUGCCAGGCUACUAUUUUCUAUUACUAGCUCUUAAACCUCCUGUUGGCACAUAGCCAUCUUAAAAAUUAUACCAGGCUUUGUUUACAGUGAUUUAAAGAUUUUACCACUAGGUAAGCAUUUAGUUUCUGCUCUUAAAUCAGGAGUAUCCAACAUGAUGCACUCUUACGCUGUUGAUAUACAGCAAUGUUAUUUAAAACACAGUUAACCCAGUUAGUUUUGGCAGUAGUCAGAUAUGAUGGGAGUUGUAGUCUAGCAACAUUUGGAGGCACCAUGUUGGCUAUCACUGACUUAAAUGGUCAUAUAUGAAGUAUAAUGAAAGUAUAGGGUUUGAUGUGGUUGACUUGCUUCUAGUAUAUUUGUAAUCUUGAAAGUUGCUGUUCCUGUUUGGAUGAGAAACAAUAUUGACACUUCAAAUAUUUGACUUUGUUACGUGUGAUAUGAGUUUAAAUAUUUGCAUAUUCAGAUUCCUUAAAUUGAAAGAAAAGUUUCCUGCAUUUCUCUAAAGUUCCUCAGCAUCAUGAAUAAGUUAAGAUCCUAGAGUUACUUAGAACAGACUCUCUAUGUGGUCCAACUUUUGAUUUUCUAGUAAGGCAGAGAUUUGUUUAACCUUUUGUAAAAGUGAGAGUGAAAAUGUUAUCAAGAAAUUCCACACUAACACAUAAGUCUUUCUGCUGUGCACUGUGAGGCCUACUGCAGUCUUGUAACCUCUGAAGCAACACUGGAUUCACCCUUUGCCAUGAGAGGUCUGGUGUCUGAUAAGGUAACAGUUGCUCUGCAGGCUUUCCCAGCGCCCUUUGCUGAUGAUGCCAGGGAUCAGCACAUGCUAAAUGGAGCCACUCAUUUUAUUAGCAGGCUAAAAUUCUCUCCUAAGCAGCUCACCACAGGAACCCUGGUAACUUUCAAGCAAUAAACGAUUGAUGAAGGAAGGUUGCUUCAUCAGUGGAGGUGGUUGUUAGAACAUGCACCAGAGCCAAGAAAAUGAACAGCAAGGACUCUAAUGGUGGUGGCCUGCAAUGUGAGUUUCUUGCCUGAAAGCACCAUAGACCACACCAGCUGCACGUAUAACCCUGUUGCUUUGUUGGAAGGGAUGAAAAGAGGAUAACAGGAGCAAAUUUCCAUACUUCCAUACCUCAUUGGAGAAUAGAAGGAGAUCUUGAGCAGGAAAUAGGAAGCGUUGUAGCAAAGACAAAAUCAGAAAGAGUAUCAGAGUAGAAGAUGACAACAGGAGUUGCAAAGAAACCGCAAGAAAGACCGCCUGUUAGGAGCAGGAGAAUCAGAAGACAGUUUGAACAAUAGAGCUAAGAAAGAAAUUCAGUAUUAAUUCAACAAGAACAGCUCUGAAGAUCUUGUUGGAUAGCUACAGAAAGAUAUUCUUGGUGGGAAGGAAGACUCUUCAGUGCUUCAAAAACAAAGGUGACAGUCAUAGCCUGCAGAAAAAGGAAGAGAAGUGUUGUGGUGGUGGUUGAAGACUCCCUACUGAGAGGUACAGAAUGGCUUGUGAAUGUACCAGACCUGUUAACUUGUGACAUAAGCUGCCUUCCCAUUGUGUGAAUUCAGGAAGUGAUGGACAGGUUUGUCAGACUUACCAAAACUGCUGAUUAUUCCUUCUUGCACACCAUGUGAGAUCAAACAGUACUGCCUAGCACAACUAUGACUAUCAUAUGUAUGUAUGAAGCUCUGGGGAUGAAAGUGAAGGACUUUGGAGCUUAAGUAGUGGUCAUGCCAUUUCUACUUAUAAAAUGUGGAGGGUUAUGAAGAGAGAGAAUAAUACCUGAAGUUAUUAGAGUUGAUGGGAGAAGUUCUGUUUCUGGGACUGGUGCAGGCUUCCUUAAGAAGGACUACUGGAAGGAGAUGGGCUGCAACUUACUAGGACUGGAAAAAAGUAUCUGGCAAAAGAAAAAUAUGAACCUGAUCAGGAGCUUUGAACUAAAUUCUGUAGCAGUUGGAGAUAGGUAAGUUCAAAAGGUAAGCAUUGAAGAUAGGGAUCUGUGUGCUGUAGGAGAACAGGGAAUUGUGUGGCUGACUAGCAAAAUCUCAGGAGAGAGAUUGGAGCAGAAUUUUCAAGGCUUUCAGUGACUAUACACUAAUAUGCAGCAUAUUGAAAAUAAAUGAGUUUGAACUCCAAAUACAGGAAGAUAAAUACAAUAUGCUGGGUAUAACAGACUUGGUGGGGAAACUCAUGUGAUUUGAAUGUAAUAAUUGAAAGUUACAAAUUUUUCAAAAAAGAAUAGGUGCAACAGAAAGAGAGUAGCAUUAUAUGUCAAAGAUGCUCAUAUCUGCACAGAAUUCAUGAGAGUGACCAUGGUAGCCUUGUAGAUAUACCAUCUGGGUCAAAAUAAAUGGAUGGAAAAAAUAAAAUUAUGGUGGGAGUUUUCCAUGGACAGUCAAACAAACAUGGUGAUGUAAAUUAACCUUUCCUGAAACAUUUUACAAGUGUUUCAUGGAAGCAGAUUUAGUAGUAUAAGAGGGUAUUUCAACUGAUGUCUUCUGACUGAUAUCAUGGAAGAUACUAGAACAGAGAAGAAGGGAAUCAGUUUGAAAGUGCUUAGUAGAACCCAGCAUUUGUCAAGAAUAAAUCUUGUUAGACUAAUCUUAUCACUCUUUAAAAUCAGGUUAAUGGAUGGUGGGAAUGCUAUGGGUAUAAUCUAUCUUGAUUUCAGCAAAGUGUCUGACAGAGUACCCCUUGAUAAUUUUGUUAAAUGUGGCUUAAAUGUGGGCUAGGUAAUAGUAUUGUUGGAAGGAUUCACACCUGGUUUGAAAACCAUAGUUAGUGCUCAUCAGAGGCUCCUCAUCAAACUGGAGGGAGGUGUUUUUUUUGGGGGGGGGUCUUCUGUAGGGCUUUGUCCUACCCACUUUCAACAUUUUUCAUCAGUCAGUGACUUAGAUGAAGGGGUAGAAAUAAUUCUUACAAUAUUUGUGGAUGACACAGUUGCUAAUUAGAUAAAAAGUAUGAUUGUGUAUAUUAUUUAUAAAAUCGAAUAAAAAUGUACAAGGAAUUAAAAUGUGAUAUAGGACAAUCAUUACUGUUUUUCCAUCAAGAAUGCAGCUUUCUAAUCUUUUAAGAAGAAGCUAAACAUAGCUUAAAAUGUGUGUCAUUGCAAAAGUCUAUUCUAACUAAAUAGGUCAGAAAACUGUAUAGAUUUCAAUUUACAUUCUUCAAUUCUUCUUUAGCAAGUGAAUACUCUUCAAUUAUCACUCCAAUUUGCAAGGUGGUUUCUUUAUCUUUAUAGUCCUGUUAUUGAAUGACCUUACCACUUACUACAUUGAUGAGUAUAGGGUUCAACUGAAGUAAAAGUUUACCAAUGCUGAUACAUGGCUGUUUUUAACAUACUAAAUUAGCAUUUCAUAAAUAUAAUUUUGGGAAUCAUUUAUUGAAAAUGAGUAUAAAUAAUUGGCUUCCACUUAGCUAGAAUAUUCUAUCAUAGGCUUUCAGUAGUAACUUUACGAUAAAUAAAUUUUACCCUGAAGUACAGAGUUUGGCUUUCCAUAUCUCCCUGGUAUUUGAAUUGGUAGAGGAAAAUCAAGUAAACUGAGUUGUACAUAGUAUACUGUCCAGUAAGGUCAGCCUCUUGCAAUAUACAGAAGCCACCCAUGACAGCAAAGUUUUCAGACAGGCUGUGCUGAACUAGAUUACUUUUAUGAGUGAAAAGGAAGCAGGACUGUGGAAGAAUUACCGUAUUUUUUGCUCUAUAAGACUCACUUUUCCCCUCCUAAAAAGUAAGGGGAAAUGUGUGUGUGUCUUAUUGGGCAAAUGCAGGCUGUUCAGCUAUCUCAGAAGCCAGAACAGCAAGAGGGAUUGCUGCUUUCACUACGCAGCGAUCCCUCUUGCUGUUCUGGCUUCUGAGAUUUAGAAUAUUUUUUUUCUUGUCUUCCUCCUUCAAAAACUAGGUGCGUCUUGUGGUCUGGUGCGUCUUAUAGAGUGAAAAAUACGGUAAAUCAUGCCCGUAUCUACUUCCAUCAAUGAGUAACAACUUUGGUUAUUUAUGACUAUAUGCUUUUCAAAUGUUGCAUUGGCAGGCAAAACAAACAAAAACUCAAAAAACUUUUUUUGAGUGAACAGGACCUUUUGCAGGCACAGUAUCUCUUUUUAAGUUGGGCGUCUGUUCCUCCUGCACGUGCUCUUGUACAAACUGUAGCAGUUAUGGAUCAGCAACUUGGUCUUGUGUGUCUGUCUUUCUCCUUGGGUUUCAGCUCUUAUCUGAGUCGCAGUUUCUCAGUAUUUAACUUCGCCAAGUUGAAGCCUAUAUUUCUCAGUUAGUUCAGGUUUGCUUAUUUUUAGUUGUUGUGCCUGCAUUCUUCCUAAUCUUUGGUAGAUUUCAAUAAGUAGGAUGUCCUGUUUACUCACUGUUGAUGAGAACUUAGUAAUCUUGCUGCGACAAAACUUGCAAUUAACCUCCUUAUAUGUGAUUAUUGAGUUUUCCCUGCCUUGGGUAACUCUCCUGAGAGACCACUCCCUCCACCCCAACUAUGGACUUUUGGAACUAAAACAAAUACGGCUCAAUAAAGUUUUGUACGUCUGCUUUGGUCUUUAAAGCAGUGUGUAGUAAUUAGGUAUGCCCAAAUAGCAAAAAUAAAACAAUAAAACUGGUUGACCUUUUCUUCUUAAAAUAUAGGUUGACUGAGUGCAUGCUUAUACCAAAACAGCAAGCAUAAAAUUCUAGCAAGCUCAUGAGCAGAGGUGGAAAAGAAAACCGAUAAUUGCUCAUUCCCCCCUUACAGUUUGUACGUACCUCCUGAGUGUUUUUUUAUUUCAUAAAAUUGUUUACUGCUUGACUGUAAAAACAGAACAAAACCUCAAAGCAGUUUACAAAAAGAGUAAAACAAUAAAAUAUUUAGUAAAACAAUUAAAAGCUUCAAAAAAUUAGAUCCAGCACUAAACUAAAAACACAUCAGUAGGGUGUUUUUAGCAGCUUUCAUUUAACAGAAUGGAAGCCUCUGGCCUAUCUAUCUAUCUAUUAUUUAUUUAUUUAUUUAAUAUGUAUACUGGCCUUCAUCCGUAGAUCUCAGGGUGGUUCACAAAAACCAAGAUAGGAGGCAAAAUUUGCAGGUGCUAUUCUAACCCAUUUGUUUUGUGUCAAACGUUAUACCCAUAUUGCUAGGAGGUAAGUCUGAGAGGAUACUGAAAGUGGAUGGUGUCUUACGUUUCCGAGCACAAUUCAAAGUGUUGGUGCUGACCUUUAAAGCCCUAAACAGCCUCGGUCCAGUAUACCUGAAGGAGCAUCUCCACCCCAUUGUUCUGCCCGGACAUUGAGGUCCAGUGCCGAGGGCCUUCUGGCAGUUCCCUCACUGCGAAAAGUGAGGUUACAGGGAACCAGGCAGAGGGCCUUCUCGGUAGUGGCACCCGCCCUGUGGAACGCCCUCCCACCAGAUGUCAAAGAGAAAAACAACUACCACACUUUUAGAAGACACCUGAAGGCAGCCCUGUUUAGGGAAGCUUUUAAUGUUUGAAGGAGUAUUGUAUUUUAAUAUUCUGUUGGAAGCUGCCCAGAGUGGCUGGGGAAACCCAGCCAGAUGGGUGGGGUAUAAAUAAAUUUAUUAUUAUUAUUAUUAUUAUUAUUAUUAUUAUUAUUAUUAUUACUAUUACAACAUCCCUGGUGUGUAGUCCAGUGUUAUCCACUUGCAAUGAUCAUUUUCUAAGAAAAUGCAGUUGAAGUAAGGUCUGUAAUGUUUAUUAUAGCACCUGUGCUGGGGAAGGGGGAGGCACAAAGCAGGUGAUUGAUAGUUUUCCAUCCAUGGGGAAUAUAUGGUAGAGUUGUGAGUGUGUAGACUGGUGGAAUCACAAAACCAGCAUGAAGGGGGAGUGUUAACCACCCAUUCACUAAUGCUGCUUGCUUAAGUUACCAGCUUUGCUGCCCCCUUGUCUGUAGAAAAACCUGAAACCACUACAUGUAGUUUUAGCCUCUCUUUUUUAUAUAUAGUGCCCUAAAAGGCUGCAGUGGAAGUUACUACUCUUUUAGUGAUCCGUUCUUUUUACAACUCCCUCUUUUUCUAUUUUCUUAACUGGCAAUCAUUCUAUGUUUACAGUUAAACUAGUUACAUGGAAGCAGAGUCAGUGCCCAGUGCAAGUCCUGCUUAGAUUGGCUCUGCUUAGGAGCUCCCAAGUGUUCUUCCAAUUGUUUCUUUGCAUCUGGCCCUGUUUAAAUUCAACAUGGUAUACAAAGCCUGCUGCUUUCAAGCGGACUCAGAAUCCCCCGACACCUUAUGACGUAAGGCGAUUGACAGAGCCACCCACCUGCUAAAAGACAAGUGGCCACUUUUUGAUCUGGCCUGCCUGUUAAAAAGUGGUUCCCCAUCCUUGCUCUUAGGAGAAAGAAAAGGCUAAUUGUAUAAGCAGCAACCUUUUUGAGUGGCAUUCACAAUAUGAAUAUGCCCCUCCUUGCAUUUGUGUUGGGUUAACUUGGGGUAGGAAGAGGUGAGAAAGAAACUGCAGUUUAGUGUAGAUCACUAAGACUGCAGUCCUAUGCACACUUGCCUUAUGAGUAAAGAAAUUAUAGGAUUCUGCUGUAACUAUUGUCACAAGUACAGUCCUUCAAAGGAAGUAUUUUUUGCAAUUAAUCGUUUCUGUGUAUAUGUUGGGAAUGCAACCAAAUGCUUAUCUAAUGCAGUCACUGGUAGGUAGAGUUGGAGAUAUACUGCCUGUGAUCCAGAAGGUAGCACAUAGCCAUCAUGGCUAGUAGCUACUAACAGCCUUAUCUUCCAUGAAUUUGUCUAAUCCCCCUUUGAGUGCUUCAGGUAAUUAAUUGUAAUGAGUAAUCAAAUUUUAAACCUGAUAAUAGCCACUCUGCUAGGUUUUGUGGGACAGUAUUAUUGCUUCUUCCCUUCGAUUUUAAUACAUUAUUUCUAUUAAAUGUUGGAAAUAAGAGAACAUUUACAUUGUUAACUAUUCUCUACAUUAUGAUAACCAUUCUCUGUUUCACCGGUGCAUUCUUCGUUGUUUCUAAUCUAAUUGCCUUUUUCUCAAUUGCCAGUUCCACCCCCCUCCACAAGUAAUUGAUUUCACCUUCUAGUAGCUAUUAAUAUCUGCUUUUUUUCUCUGUGCUAAUUGUGAUCACAUCCCUUGCUCACAACAUAAAUCAACCAUCUCAUGUUGAGUAGCACAUUACGAUAGCAGCCUGAAUUUUGAAUAGUAUUUUUAGUAUCAUUUAAGGAUUCUUAAACUUUUGGCAUACUGUUCUAUCUAACAGAAAACAAAAGGUGGAGGCAAUGUAUUAUGUCUGUUUGGAAAGAAAUAGGGUCUUCACAGUGGUUGUCCAUGUUGCUUGACUACUUAGGAUGAAUUAACACAUUUUUUUCUGAAACAUCUGAGAGCUAAAGCACUUUGUUUUUAAACCUCAAUUAAAAUUGAACGUAGAUAUCACACUCAAAGCCCAGGCAAGUUUCUUGGUUUAAUGAGAAUUGUCUGCCCUCAUAACUCCUUUUUGCGUGGUUCCUGACUGGAAAAAGGCCAAGCCACACCAGUAACAUAUAAAGACCCCAUGAGCUACUUUCAAGGAUAGGUAAUUAUCUGUGAUUGCACUGUGAUGAUGCAGAUCCCACCAUAACUGUGAUGGAGCUGGACUACUUACCCCAUGGAGCAGUGAAGGUUAAUUCAAAGAAAACCAAGACUAGAGCAGUCAGCCAUGCAGAAAUACAGUGAGGAGGCUCCUUUCUUGCUGAAUUAUUGCCUUUUGGGCUCACCGAUGCUUUUAUUUAUUUUUUAAGAUGUACUACCAGUUAUCCCAUGGCACAUAGUAUUUCCUAGCACAUAGUUUAGGAUAACCUGAAAUGGUUAUCAGUUAUUGUACAGUUAUCAUUGCUUCUCAGUGCUUCAGGCAAUUAAUUAUGUAAUGGUUGCAGGAAAAAUCCAUGGUAAGUUGAUUUGCCAAAUAUUGCAGGGCUUUGUGAGGAAGCACAUUAGCAGCUGCAUUUUACUUCAGUUAAUCUUUUUAAAAUGUUGGUUGAAAGAAAAAAAUACUCAUUUCACAUCCUGAUUUGGAAACUGUAUGCAUGCGCAAAUUGUAUUUUUCUUGAUGAGUUUAUAAUAAAUAGGGUAGCUUUCAGAUAUGAAAUGAAUUAUAAAAAAAUGUCUUUCAGCCAAUGGUAACGACAACAAGAAAUUCAAAGGUGAAGAUAAAAUGGAUGGGGCUCCUUCUCGUGUUCUUCAUAUCAGGAAAUUACCAGGGGAAGUGACAGAAACAGAAGUUAUUGCUUUAGGCUUACCUUUUGGUAAGGUAACCAACAUUCUCAUGCUGAAAGGAAAGAACCAGGUACUUUCUAAUUUUGUCUUACUAUUUUAGUAUAGAAAACAUCUACCCACCAAUCAGUCUAAAUACUCUGUCUGCCUUAAGUUGAGGCCAUAUCCCAGCAACGGAGCCUACUCUACUAGCCAGGCUUGGAGAAAUAUUUCAAGUUAAUAAGUGCAGAAUUCAGUGUUCAUGAACACAAACACACACACGCCAUCUACAAGAGAGAGAUAAAAGGCCAGAUUUUAAGCAUCAGUACCCAUUGGUUGGACAUUUGCUUUUAUUCACUUGAUCCUAUCUUCUGCUGUUGUGUUGCAGUACAUAGGUUUGGGUCCUAAGCACAAUUCAGUUAAAGGUAACUACAUGUAGCUCAUGCUGAUUUCAGUGGGAGACAAUUAUGCACAUUGUAAUCUCCCCUUGAAAUUGAUUAUGGUGGUAGAUUUCAAAAUGGUGGACUCAAAUGUGUCUCCUCCCCCUGCCCCCAAGUCUCAUUUUCCAAGCUCUGCACCGGCCCAUUCAGGCCUACCAAGAAAGGGCUUGUUUUUGUAUGACCAUGCCCCUCACUACCAGUUUCACCUUUCCCAAGCCUUCUCUUGUUAGAGUGGGGGGACUACCAGUACAGUGGUCUUCUGGCACUGGGAGCUACCUUUCCCACGUUUUGUGGCAUCAAUAGAUGUUUCUGCAGAUACAGUAAUGAACAGGCCUUAAGUUUAAGUUCUCUGCUACUGUCACCACCUUAUGAGCAUCAAUUCAGAGAGGGACAGCAGCAGUGGCCUGUGCUGUGGCUCAAUCAUAUCCCUAUUUGAUUGAGCCCAAUCCAUAUUGAGCUCAAUGAAACUCAUCGUGAAGAGCCUAACUGAUGCUACACUCCCCAAUGUGAGAGCUGCCUGUUUGCUGAGAAUUCUGAAGACUUGGAGUUCUGAUGGAGAUACAAGCUAACACUCUUGAGAAGUCUUUUUUUCUGUUUCAUAUCUCUGUAACUCAUUCAUUUUCUCUGCUCCUGCCAACUUUAAAGGAAGGCAGUCAUUAAGGGGCAGAUAAGUAAAUACCAGUUCUUCCUUGCCCUGCCUCCAUUUUCUUGUACCUAAAUAGUAGGAGGGAGAGCAGCACUUCAAAUUCUCAGCAAUCAGAGCCAAGCUGCUCUUUUGUUUAGCAUAUCAGGUUCUUAAAUAUGGCUUGAUGGUUGCUUUUCUUUCUAAUACUGGUUAAUGCAGCAUCUCUUCAGUUAUCAUCUUAUACUUCUGUUUUUUUGUUUUUUUUAAAAAACGUGUGUCUUUCAAUGUGUUUUGUGAAAAAAUUAUGUUUUGGUGUCUGAAAACUAAUCUUAUCUAAAAAUAUUUCAUUUGAAGAAACCUAAUUUUUUCAGACUGUAAAUUCUGAUAGCACUUUACCAAAUCUGAUAUAAAAAAGAUUAUAGUUCUGCUAUGAUAAUAAAGACUUAAGAAGAUGAAAACCUUUGAGGAGCUUCUCCUGCCUCCUUAACACAGCCUAAUUCUAAACAUUCAGAAAUAAGUCCCACUUAGGCUGUAUUACAGCCCUGCAAGAUUCUGCCUGUGGAGUGGCACCAGUGUCGCAAUGCCAGUGUGGAGCUCCCUGUUCUGCCUGCCAAAGAUGCGUGUGGAAGUGCAAGAAGUGGGAGGGACUGAACCAGCUCAAGACUGCUGUAUCCCAAGCUGGCCCCACUGCCAUCCCUUGACACCAUCAACCUUGAUCUAGCCUUGAGUGCUGAUGUGGUGGUUUUCCUAUCCACUCCCACCUUCCACCCUGGCCAGUGUGACCAAGGGGCUGUGGAUGUGGCGGUGGCCGUCAUGCCUUGCACCCGGGCUUUGGAUUGUCAUGUUACACUCUUUGAGUUUACUCCUUCUGAAAGGGACUGCUAUUUGUUCAAAGGGCUAAACUUGGAGAAUGAGGAUGAGACAACUAUCCAUCUUGUUUUGCUACUUAAUCGAAAAUUACGUACAUGAGUUUGCAGGAAACAAUAGACUCUGGGAACUAUGAGAUGGGAUGUAUCUUGUUGAGCAAGAUUAUUGAGGAUGUUCUUGAGCAAGUAGCCUGAGGAAUGCUUUCUGCUGAAUAGUGUUUUUACAUAGUUAUUAGAGGAUGCAAUGAAAGAGCACUUAACUCUUUAACCAGCCUGAAGACUCAUUUUAGGCGAAUAGAAUAGUCCUUCAUAUUCUUUCCCCAAAUAUACCCAAUAUAAGUACAUGAUCCAAAGGAAACAUUUGUUUUCUUCACCAUAAUAGCUUCUGCAAAGGCCACUAAAAGCUCUCUCAUUAUUUGUGCAGAUUAGCUAAGGAAGGCGAUUCUUAUCCCUUCCCAACUCACCAAAUGAUUGAACUGAUGGGCAGAUUUAAACCUCCCAUCCAGCCCAGCACUGUCUCUUCUUUUCUUUUUUUUGCAGUCAAAAUCAGCAUGAUCUUGGGAGGCUCAAAAACUGUUUUUUGGGGCCUGGAUCAGGUCCCCAGACCAGGAGUCAGCCCCUCCCUGCUAUAAGCCGUUUCUGACAGGCACAUUAUAAACUUUUGACUUCUUGGUCAGGAGUUCUAACAGCCAAGUCAGGAGAUCAUGCACACCUUUAAUAACCUGUGGUAAAGGGAUAUUAAUCCAGAUCCAUUCUCCUACAGUAUUGGAUGCUGUCUGUUGAAAAUAUCCUUUGCCCAAUUCCCUCCAGUAAACAGACACAGUUUACUGGAGGUUUUUAUAUGAAGGACUUUAAAUAGUCAUUUACCAAUUUGAAACCUGUGGAAAAAUGAAUACUUUCUAUUGGGUCGGGGGAAGGUAAUUGGCCACCAUGUCUUUCAACAUAUUGCUGGAGCCUGCAUAUUUCUCGCAGAAAUUGGGAUAGUGGAGCAGUGCUCCCUUUCAUUUAGGAUCAGGUUUGGCAAACUUCAAAUAGCCACAGUGAUCUGCUGAAAGGUGUAACAAGUCACUUGCUUUUUAAGGUUAUGGAGCUUGGAGCGCUGCUGCUUGUUCAGACCUCUAUGCUUCUCCCUUCAGCCAGGCUGGUACUGGUCCUCCUGUUAUCUGUGUUUUGGAGAGGAGAACCCACAUAAAAGUGCUUUUCUUUCUGAAAAUUGCUCUUGGGAUUCCCCUCUGCCAUUUUCUUUUUUAAACAGUUUGCCAUGUUUUGGUUGUCAACAACCCAUGGAUAAGAGCAAGUCGGCAACCUUAACUGUCAGAUUGUAAAUAUCUCCAAGUUUGCUUCAAGUGGGUAUGUCUGAAAAAAUUAUACAUGCUCAUUUCUAUAAACAGACAUCAGAGCUGUGGCUGCUUUUGCCCUCGAGGGAACCUGUAGCAUUUUGUGGACAGUUGGGGCACAUUCUGACCUAGUCCUUGCUUAGUAAGAUCUAUAGAUCUGUAAUGUGUAAUGGAUUCUGAAUGAUUUUGGCAAGUGUUUUAAAUGUCUCGUCAUGAAAGAGCCUGGCAAAUUCAGAAACAGAAUAUAGUUAUGUAUGCUGCAAAUACUACAAAACCAUUUUUAAUAUUUUUAUAGGCUUUUUUGGAAUUGGCAACAGAAGAAGCUGCGAUCACUAUGGUCAAUUAUUACUCUGCUGUGACACCUCACCUUCGUAAUCAGCCCAUUUAUAUCCAGUAUUCAAACCAUAAAGAGUUAAAGACCGACAAUACACUGAACCAGGUAACUUGUCCAUUCUCAAGAUUAUAGUUGUUAAUGUUUUAUUGAUUCCCUGUGUGUGAACACCCCAUCAUCAGUCCCCCCCCCAUUCUGAUUAACAUAGGAGAUUUGCAUUUGGUAUUAUUUUAUGGUAAAGGCAAAUAGUGCAAAUGCCUAAUAGUGUUAAACAGUUAAACUUCCUAAAUAUUUUUUCCUCAAGUCAUCUUAGACAUUAAUUUUGGCUCAAGAGCUCGAGUUCACCUAUAAAAGGAACUUGUUUCCUUCUUAUGUGGAUAAUGUGCAGUCUUAUUUCCAGUAUGUUUAAAUAACCCAUUUAAAUUUCAUAGCACUGGUAACCUCACCUUAUUUGAUCUACUCUUCCCAUAAUGCAGUCACUGCAAAAUAUAUUCAUAUUCACUCCAGGAAAUAACUGAGAAUAUAGUCAUUUGAUCUUAAAGAUGUUAAAACCUAUUCUUUCAGAUCAAGACUGUAUUCUUACUGGAGCAGGGAAACUACUGCUCCUACAGGUGCUAACUUUAAAGAUCUUUUUAAGCAUUUGAUGUUCCCAUUUCCUAUGAAAGAUGUUAAAGCUGUACUGACCCAUGCUAUGUCAAAUGGUAAUAUCUUCAUGUUCGUUUCUUGUGGUUUUUCCCUUGAUCAUACUAACAGUGCUAUAACAAGCAACACUUUUUAGGACUCUUUCUGUUCUAGUCUUCUCUUCGUUAAGCCUUGCCUAGAGACUGGGCAUGUCUCAUUUGAAAUACAAUUGUCCAAUCAACUUUUUAGCCAGUUUUCCAUAGGUGUUAAAAAUUUGCUUGUUACCUCUGGUGGUAAUCCUUAGAAAGUGUGUAUUUUCUGGUAAGACCUGUUGGCAGUAAGCCUUCAUGAGCUGUUAGAGUUACAAAAUAAUUUUACAGGGGCAGGACAAACUGUCUUCUUGAUGGUUGCUGAAUUCUGUUCUGAUAACAUCCGGUUGAAUGACACUUUUAAGUGUGGCAGCCAGAGAAUGUGCUGCAAUUUGAAGAGCUUACUUAUUCCAUAAUAGGAGGCCAACACAAUUUUUAGAAGUACUGCAUCCUGCCCUGGACUCAUUGGACAUUGCCUUUAUGGACUAGCACUGUGAACUAAUACAGAUGUCAUUGUUUAUCCUAAAGUGUUACUGUGUCAUCAGCUCUCCUUUCCUUGUACAGUGGACCCUCCAGAUACAAAGUAAAUUCGUUCUGGGGGUCCAUCCGCAACCCGAAAAAUCUGUAGGCAGAGGCACCGCUUCUGCAUACGCACGCGGCAUGAUUGAGUGCUUCUGUGCACGCAACACGGCGUGCAGAGUGCUUCUGCGCAUGCACAAAGAAACCCGGAAGUUACGUAUCCAGAGCGGUACGUAACUAGAGGGUCUACUGUACUUCAACAAACUGCACUUUUUAGUAUAUAUUGGUUCCCUCCUCACAUAGGAUUCCCAUUCAUAACCCUGUAGUCACCAUUGUAGUAGCUGAUAUAACCCAAUCAUAUUGAACUAAAUAAAUGUUUGCAUAUUAGUAGACAAGAGAAGGAACUCCUAUUAUUGUUACUGUAUCGAACUUGACUCUCAAUCAUAUAGGAUGUAAAGAGUGUCUGUGUAGAUUGUAAUGGGUUUUUAAAGAUUGAGAAAGAGCGAAUGGCAAUGCUAAAGUGAGAGUUCCGGAAGAUUCCUUUCAGUCCAAAGCACAUUUAUUGGGAAAGAAGACUUACCUAUUGAUAUCCAGCUAUCUUGCUUUUAAUGAAAUGUGGCGUAAUGCCAACCACAGCUUUUUCAGUACGAUUUUAUAAUAUUGCCAGAGGGGGGCGGGGAUAUCCUAUUGACUUCUUAAACAUAAAUCCAUUUUGCUACCACAAAGGUUUUGUGUAAGUGUUAGGAAAACAAUAUUCAUAAAAUAAAGUUUUUAAGACAUGAACAAAAAGGUUAUGUUCCAUUGAUUUCAGUGGUAACAAGACACCAUUUUAUUUACAUUCUGCCCACUAGAUCAUAAAACAUGUAUAUUUUAUUGUUGGUGUUCUUAUUGUUAAACCACUUUGGGGUGUUUUAUGGGAAGUAAAAUAUAAAAUAAGAGUGGCAUUCCUUUCUGGCAUAUUUUAUUUAAAAUUAUUUAUGCUGGUGUGCGUAAAUAUGCAUGUGUGUUGUUUAAGCUGUGACAAAUAAUAAUAAUGAGAAUAUUUAUAUACAUUUUUGUAGCAUCUCUAUAAUGAUGCAUUCAGGCAAAAUGGAUCUAUGCUUUAUAUAAGAAAAAAACCAGUAUUGACAAAAGUAUGGACAAUUUUAAAAAUGGUGACUGCAUUCUGAUUAUCAUAUUUCAGCUUAAGAAGAAAAAAACUGAGAUAUGAACAAGCCUUUUGGCAUUUUCAUUCAGCCCCUUCAUGUGAGUGAGCAAACCAGGAAAUCUUUCAUUAACUGUAGUUUCCCCUUAUAGCCAAACCAUUAAACUUUGGUUAACAGCAGCAGAACAAGCUAGACAAUGAAGGUAAGAGUGGGUAGAGUGUUGGGAUAGGUCCUGGUAAACCAGGAGUCAAAUCCCCACUCGGUCAUAUGAAAUCCACUGGGUGACCUUAGACAAUUGACUCACUCUCGUCUCUCUCUCUCUCUCUCUCUCUCUCUCUCUCUCUCUCUCUCUCUAACCUACCUCACAGGGUUAUAAAAUGGAGAGAGAAGAGAACCACAUGUGCCAUAUUGGGUUUCUUAUUGGAAAAGUGGGAUAUAAUUGUAAUAAUACAUUUUAGAAUAAAUGGUUUGAAGUUGGACUUCAAUCCUGUUUUUGCUGAUGUUAACCAUAGUUUCCUGAUUUGUCUGAAAAGGGAAACUUUAGUUAAUGUAAGACUUCCUGGUUUGUCUGCUCCUGCUGUGAAGGGCUGUAUGCAUGGACAGAAGUUUCAUUCAGAUCUUAACUUACUAAUUUUGCUAUUAACUACUUUUAGUUUCAUUAUUUAAGAAAGUACUUCACACACAUUUCUGAUUUUGUGUGUGUGCAUGCUCCCUGUUUGAGUGAGUGAGCACUUAGAACCAGCAUAGUUACCAGAUGCAGAAUGGAUAGUUCUCUGGAUUUUCUGGGUUAUAUUCAAGAUUCUCUAUUCAUUAGCUUUAGGGCUCUUAGGAGUUUUAGGGCUGCACUACAAUAGAAUCCAAUGCAACAGUUUCACUAGCGGAAACUUGAGCAGUCUAUUUCCCCAAAAUUUACCAGCAGUAUGCUUAUGCAUUCUCUUGCACAACUACGUUCCAAUGACGCAAAACAUUUUGCUACAGGAACAAGUAUACUGCUAAGUGACUAACUUAGUGCUACAUUGGAUACAACUCUUUGAUAAACAUUUGUUAAACCUUGCUUCAGAAGACUCUAAAAAAACCCUAAGUCAACAUCUGAGUGACUUUAAAAGUGACCCCUAAAUCAAUAUCAACCACUCAAGGCCCCAUUACCUUGAGACACUGACUUCCCCGCAGCUGCAUAGGACUAAGAUGCCCUCAAUGUAUUUAGAGGGGAGAUACCUGGAACUCCACAUGGAAGUCAGGUGCAUUUAUGGAUGUAGUCAGGUUGAGGAUGCUGUGCAUUACCAUCUGCUUUGCCCCUUAUAUUCAGUGUCGAGAGAUUUUUAAAAAUCACCUGUUCUUGACUGUCUCUCAGUCCGAUCACCACAGGAGGUGACAGUUGAGCUCCUAGUUCAGGGGUCGGCAGAGAUUUCGUGGCUUUGACCAGUUCACGGUCCCGCAGACACCGCAGUGGACCGGAGUGUGCACACACGCAUGCACAAACACUAUUUCCGGCACUCCUUCCGGCGUGGAGGAGGCAUGCACAGCUUCCCAUUGGCUGCAGGAGCUUCCUGCAGCCAAUGGGAAGCCGGCCAGCAUUGCGGAAGACAGUCCCCGCUCUGCUCCACACCGGUUUAGUGCAGCACCUGGGAGCUGACCAAGUGGGCGGCAGGGGUCCUCAAGCAGGCGGCGGGGGUCCAUGGGCCACUUGUGGCCCAUGAGCCUUAGGUUGCCAACCCCUGUCCUAGUUGAUAAAUAUCUCCAGAUUACAUAUCUGGUACCAAGUUCACUCUGGCAGCUAAGAAGCUCCAUUCUAUAUACGUUAAUGCUUCCUAAUUUUAAAACCUCAUGCUGUAAAUCUUUAUGUUUUACCUUUUAUAGGUCAUGUUAUGUGAUUUCAGCAUUGUUCUUAGCCUCUGCUGUACAUUGUAAAGGUCUUUGGAUAUAUACAAUAAAUUGAUUGACUUUAAAAGUUCACUCCACUGUGUCAGCGGGAGUUCUGUCACUGUGUUGAGUAUAAAGUUGAUACGCAGAAACGGUAAAAGUUGCAUAAAUGUGAAAUGAAUUUAUAUGUACAUUUAUUGGGUUGGUAGAUAACAGUGUACUUUUCACUGAGACCUUAGAUACAGUAUUCAAGCUGCCUUCAGUUGGCAAACUGCCAAGAAACAGCUAGCCAAGUACAGUUCUAAAGAGGUGAUUGUGUGUGUCCCGUGAGCUUUUUGUCAGUUGAUGUGUAAGACCAUUGCUCUUAUGUCAGAUAUUGGAAUCAGAAAGGUCAGGCUCUGAUAGGUUCUUAGUGGACUUUCCAAACUCAUUGGUUUAAAAAUCAGUGAGCUGUUGAAUUAUCAGAGAGUAGCUUUUGCUUGGUUAAAUGGUUUUGGUUGAAGAGAAUUAACGUGCAGACACACCACUUUAAGAUUUUGUUCAGAGUUUGGAGAAGCAGCAGCUGGAGCAGGUUUGAGAGGCAAACGGUCCUGGUGACAUCAGGGAGAAAGAAUUCAGGACACCAGGGCUGAAACCAUAGAAGGCUGAAGCUGAAGAAGUGACUAGAGGGAAGACUUAAGGUUAAAUCCUCUGCAAAGCCCAUGUGUUAACUGGAAGGGAUAAAGGCUAUUGACUUAGAAUAGGGAAGAAAACUAGUACAUAGUACUUUGAAAUAACGGUAACAUUUUAAAGUAAAUAUCAAACAAAAUGUUUCACACCUAACUUGCAAAAAUCAUAUAAUCUGAUAAUAUAAACAGAUUGUUGUAAAUAUUGACUUUCAGUGUUAAAACUUCUGGUCUGUUCAUCACAUAGCCUAAACCCAGUUAUUCUGGGCUAACAGGGGAAUCUUUAAAACUAAAGGGGAGUUUAAAGAAAUAAAAACAGAUACCUUCAAUAUAUAAGCUGCAAAUGGCAAGGAUCCUGUACAAGAUCUUUACCUUGUACAGAUAAAGGCAGGAUCGUACACUUAGAGAUAAUAUAUAAAAAGUAACAAGGCAUCACAGUGGAUUACACCUGCAUGGCUCAGUACAUGGAUUAUACUGCCCAUCCAGUCAUCAUUAGGCUGACUGGACACAUAUUUGAUGCAUAUGUAGAUUUUCAUUGCCAUCCAGGGUCAUUUAUUGUUGCAUAGGACUAGGUUUGCAUGACUAGAGCUGAGCUGGGAAUAGAACUUUUAAUCACCUUUAAUAAGUGUUGUGAAAAUACUUUGGGAUGCCUCAUGGGAGGUGAUUCAUAAAAGAAGAAAACAAUAGUACCUAAUAUUUAUUUAUUUAUACAUACAUACAUACAUACAUACAAACUAAUUACACACUGAUUAACUACAAUAGUCUCUUAAGUGGUUUCUGAGGAUCCAAUACAAAAAGGAAAAAAUCCAUUAAAAUUAUAAAAUCGGUUAAAAUGCCUUCUGAAAUAAUAAUAUAAUAGACUUCAGUAGGCACCACAGAGGUGGUCCAGGAGGAAACCAUGGUCUGUGGGAUCAAAAGCCCUGGGAGAUUGAGAAGCAGAGUUGAACUCCCCCAUUCACUCUUGGUAAUAUUAUUAUUACCAAUAAUAUUAUUAUUGGUAAUAAUAUUAAAUAUUAUUAUUUCAUCCAUUACGGCAAACAAAGCUGAUUCAGUCCCACAACUGCACCGGAUCCCAGAUGGAAACAAAUCCAACUAUUCAUGUCCCUCAGGAAUUCCUGUGAGUGCUUGGCCUCCAGCCUCUCCACUGCCUUAGAAAGGGAUAUUUGCAACCAGGUAAUAGUUGUAAACCAUAGGAUCCAAGGUGGGUUUCUUCAUGAGUGGAUGUGCCACUGCCUGUUUAUGGGCUGCAGGUGCCACUCCAUCACAUAAAAAUGCAAUUCACCAUGCCCUGCUCCCAUUCAGUCAGCCCCUCUUGACUGGAUUUCACUAACCAGGGUGAUAGAAUUUGUAAUCCAUCAACAUUUUUGAACUCAAAGCUGAAGAACACUUGGUUAAGCUGACCUUUAUUUUUGACUGACUCCAGUUAAGUUUUAUAGUACAAAGAAUUGUCAAGUUAACCUAAAACGCUAACUGCAAAAAGGGGGAGAGGUCCUUUUUGUUAAAACCAAGAGAUACAUUAUCCAGAAGUGUUCUCCUGUGAGAAAAUAGAUUAUUCACAAUACAGAAGCUUGGAUUCCUUUGCACUCUUAUGUUCUCAGGCAGUCUUCUUAUUUACGUCUUCUGUUCAUCAGCAAGCAGUAGUACUUUCUUUGCUGGAGGUUUCCUUCCAAUCUUUGGAACCGGUUGGACUGAAGAGGAAAGGUGGGGAAUAAUGGGUCUCGGGCCCAUCAAUGAAAAAGAAAGUAAAAAAAAAAAAAUGGCUAAGCUUACAUUCCUGUGCAUCUAGAAUAUACCCCAAUCUUCUAGAGCUUGCUUGUGGCCAACUGCUGCACCUUAUUUCAACAAAAUGUACAGUAUUUUGUUGCUGAAAUACCUAUUCCAUCUCUGGCUUCUCUUCAGCUGAUGAGAGUACUGUUGUUUCUGAUGCUUAGAAGUGAUAGGUAAGUCCUGCAAUAGCACAGAUUUCUCCCCUUCCAUCUUGAUUUCAUUUCAGAAAAAUAUACAUCUGGUAUGCAUUAACAAAUUUAGUCUAAGUUAUUACACUCUGAUACACUAUCAACAUCCAGUUUAAUGUAGAUAAAGAGUGUCAAGAUGUGGUGCAUGAAAUAUACUGUCAUAUGGAGAGCAAAAAAAAAAGCUAAAAUAUUUUUAGAAAUUCCAUUCUGUCAUUGACUUUUUUAAAAGGUACAUUGAAGCAACUACGGAAUGUACUAAUCUUUAAAUCUAAUUCACAUAUUCUCAUUUUGAAUGCUUUCCCUUCUCUUUUAUUGUAGCGAGCUCAAGCUGUUCUACAAGCAGUGACUGCAGUACAGACAACAAAUACUCCCAUAAGUGGAACCACAGUUAGCGAGAGUGCAGUAACGCCAGCUCAGAGUCCUGUCCUUAGAAUAAUUAUUGACAACAUGUAUUAUCCUGUAACUCUUGAUGUUCUCCACCAAGUAAGUCUUUCUUUUUAUGGGGAUUUUUUGAGCCGAGAACCAAGCAAAUGUGUCAGUAAACAUGGUCAUUGAGUAAAGAAAACAACUUCAGUUUGUGUAAUGGAACUUACCUUCCCUCUCCUCCUUCUGCGUCCAUUUCCCCCCAAACCUGCUCUGGGGAAUUCUUCCAACCUUCUGUAGCAUAUUUGGAAAGGGGGAGGGGAGGGGAGGUUCUACUGCACAAUUCAACCCACAGAAACUGGACAGGAAAUACACUUUCAGGAUCUACAUAGAAUGUUUGUUUUGCCCCCCAGAUGUGGAAGGGAGUAUAAACUUUUUGUAAGAAUUCAGCAGAACCGUAUGGUCCAAGAUUCAUGAAUGUUUUCAGAAAUGCACAUUUCCAUGAGUUUCAUAUUCCUGAGUCUUCCUAAAUUUGCCACACCGUUGCAAUGAAACUGCUACAGAACAGCAUUGCAAAAUACAAUGUGUUGGGUUGGGUGUAUUUCUGAGCGCAGAUAUUGUAUGUUGACAAUUGACUGCUCUUAGUGAAUUGUGUACCUACAUGUGCCUUCUGGUGCAAUUAGAGCUGAAUCAGGGCUGCAGACUGGCCUUGUGACAUCUUCAUGUAGCCAGAAAACAAUGUCUUUGAAAAUGUCUUUGACAUUUAUCAUGGUAACUGCAUGAAGGGUACUUGAUCCUGAAGCUUUACUACAGUUAGGCAGGGGUGGACCUGAUCAGUUCCUUAGGUGGGAAACAAGUUGGAGCAUCAUGUAAGAGCAGGCUACAAAUAGAAUGUGUUCAUUCUGUGAUCCCUGAUUGGUUGGUAUUAUGUCAUAAAGGAGAGAGAAGUCCUGUUAAACUUUUUUUGUAAGUGGAAAAUAGGAGACCUCAAAAAUGUUUGAAGGUGAAAAUUCAGUUCAGCUCCACUUGUAAAUGCCUGACAUUCACCUAUUUGCUAGAAUGAGCACAGUGGGAAAAAAUAGGACUUUUGGGUGCUGGCUGACUGGCCAUUGAAGAGCUCUGACAUGAGCUCUUCAUGUCUCUCCUGGCAGUGUUUAUUUUUGUUGCUAUACUUGGAUAUGUCAUUCUUUUGGCAGGUGUAUACACAUAGGUACAGGUGGAGGGAUUGGGAAUGCUGUGGCUAGAUGGAAAUAAAAUGCCAACAAACAAACAAACCCCAGUUCUGAAACUACUGCAUUAAAAGCUUUAAUGUACAAUUUGCUUGGUGGCACCGGCAAAGUUAACACGAAUGAAGGGUUGGUUUGACUGGUUUGCUUGCCUCCCAUGAUAUCAACUUCAAGCUGUGUCAUCCCAGUGCUGUAUUUUAUUCUUCAAGUUUUGUAUCUGGGUCUUUACGCUGGCUGUUGCUUAAGGUUAUUAUGGUUCUAACAUUACCCACCCAAAAAAGAGAAUAAAAGUGUAUGAUGCCUAGAUUGUUUCAUUCAUUUAUCACAAAUUGAAUGAAUGAGUAAAUGUACCUAACUAAUUACCCAAGGGAAUGCAACCCUCAGUAGGAAAAUAAAUAAAUAAAUAAAUAAAUAAAUAAAUCUUACCCUGCUCUAAAUUCAUGUGUGUAUAUACCUGCCAAGUGAGCAUAAUGCUUCCUGCAUCUGAUGAAGUAUCCUCUAGUCCAAAAAUAUUCAUUUUUUUAAUGUGCCCCAAGAUUCUUUGCUGCAACAGACCAUUGCAGCUGCCCCUCUGAAACUAACCAGAUACACUGAUGUAACAUCUUAGUGGUUUGUGUGGGUGUGUUUUGUUUUGUGACUUGUAAAGUUGAGUACCUGUGUACUUUUGAUUGUUUUUCACAGAUAUUCUCUAAAUUUGGUGCAGUUUUGAAAAUAAUUACAUUCACAAAAAAUAAUCAAUUUCAAGCACUGUUACAGUAUGGUGAUCCAGUAAAUGCCCAACAAGCAAAGCUAGUAAGUAUAUUUAAUUCUGUUUAGCCUCUGUUAAUAAGUAUAGGGUUACGUAUAGCUGGCAGUACUUGUUUUGUCAAAAAUGUAUUUGUGUGGACAAAAUAAGUAACUUUUGAGAUUAUAAAUGAACAUCAGGAUCUUACUGCCUGUGAGUAAACAUUCUGUUCCUAAAUCAAUAGUAUCAUCACUGUUUCACCCAAAAAUAACCUGGGACCAAAAUGAAUAUGUUAUGCUUUUCAAAUUACUAAGUUUCUCUUAACUGUUUUCUUAAGGCUUUGAGAAAUAAACUAAUGGAAAGUAUUGACAGAGGUUCUUUUUAAGAAAAUGCUGUGGCAGGGAACUUCAUAUCUAAUAUUUCUACCUAAUGCUUAACUGCCUGGAGUUGGUACAUUGAUUUAGGUUGAGCACCUGAAUUUUGUUUAUGUGCUACAUUUAGAAAAUAAUCUAAAUUAGGGUGGAGAUCCUACAGCCUGCUUUCUAGUCUUAGCCAGCAUUUAUAAACAUUAAACAAUCUAAACAUUCGUUGAAUUGAUAAGUAAAGCUAUGAAGCAGAAAUGUGAAGAGAUAAUUUACAAUGCAAUCAUUUGUGUGUCUAUUCUAAAGCAAGUCCCAAAUUCUAUUGGAUUUGCUCCCAAGAAAAUAUGUAUAGGAUUACAGACCUUAGACAUCUAAAUACACUGUUAAGAUGCUUUUUAAAGCGGUUCAUGAUGUGCCUCUGGGUGAUAAAAUAUCCAGCAUUCUGAAGGGUCAGUUUAAAAACCUACUAUUGCAGAAGAGAAGCUAAAUGAAAUUUUCAGUUUUUUACCAUAAAGGUUAAUGGUAAAAUUACUUUGCAGAUAGUGCUCUUUAUAGGGAAUCGGAAUGUGGCCUUCAAAGAAAUUGAAGGCUCAAUAAGGAAGUUUAAAGAGCAAUUUAAGAAAAUCAAGCACCUAGAUGAAGUAGCAUUUCCUAAGGAGUCUGAUGAAAAUAGCCUUGUCAACAUCACUGUUGGCUAUGAAGUGCCUAUGACGUUCAGACUUGCUAUUCAGGUUGAAAAAGUGAAUUCUGGCAUAAAAUGAUUCUCUUUAUUUCACAUUGGCUCAGGUUGGGUUAUUUCCCUAUCAGACUGUUGUUACUGUAGCUGAAGCAUCUGACGUUGCCAUUGCCUUAAAAUUUCUGCCUUUGCAAAACACACCGAAUUAUAAAUAAGCUCUUCUAUGCAUACCAUCAUGGUGGAUAAACGUUGGCUUUUAAGAUCAAGUGUGCAAGUAAUUUGUAUAUACAUAUAAGAUCAGAUGUCUCCAUCAAAAAUAACCAGCAAUACAUUAAAAUCUGGAUUUAACAGAAACAUGUGUUAGUUUACUCCUACUUUUAAUCUGCUCAAUUAAUUGGAAACUCUUCCUUAAUCAAAAAGUUUUUAAGUGAUCAGUUUGAUUAAUCAGCUAUAUGUUGCAGCACAGCUCAUUGCCAAUUAAUUCUGAAAGAAAGGCCUUGAUUAGUUCUCUUCACAGGAAUAUUGUCAAACUGACAAGUGUUGCAACAUUGUUGUGUGUUACUUUGGUUUCAGAUAAACACAUUCCUCGAUCCAGCCACUCUGUUCUCGGUUUCAAUGUGCCUGGAGGACAGUGCCAUUUCAUUUUUUUAGUACACCUGCUGUCCAUAUACUUUGACAUUGCUUGGUGUUUCUUGACUGAGGUGGUGAUAAGAUACUGUUGAAGACGGGAGAGAGAUGAGAGAGAAAUUUGAGAAGAGGUGUGAGACAGGGAAAAGCGUUAUCACCACAGCUAUUCAUAGUGUCAGAGCUUGUGUUCCAUAGGUUGGAUUGGUUUCCUUGAGGUCUCAAAACAGAUGGCAAAUGUUUGCAUCAUCUAAGAGAUGCUAAUUAUGUGCAUGCAUGCUGUGAGAUGCUUUUAUGGAUGCUCAUUUAGAGUCACUUGUGAGCUCAGGUUUUUCUUGUUUCCUCAUUUUUGAAGUUGGAAAGGAACUUCUAUAUUUAUUUUUACAAUUUAAUAGGGAACAUGACAACAUAACAUAUAUUUUAUGCUUUUGUGCCUGUAUGGUAUCUGUUCGAGCUUAUUUUGGGGGCAUGUUUUUUCAUACUUAUAAUAUACAUUAUAUUGAAGCCUUGCAGGAGUUGGAUAUGAAAAGAUGUUCAGUUUCUGCCCUUAAAACUACUGUCAUCCAGCUGUGCCACUGGGUAUUUCACUCAUCUGGAAGGCUUGCAUUGAUAACCCCAUUUCAUUUCAUCUGAGGGAAGGAAUCUGUAGUAGCUAUGUUCACCUCUGUUUCAGUGGAAAGUAUGAUCACUGAAGUUUAGAUCUGAGGAAGGAAAUGCCUGUUUUGAACUUCAUAACUGACACCAGUUACUGGAAACUGCAGGAGGGGAGAGUGUUCUUGUGCUCGGGGCCUGCUUACAUGUUUUCCAUAGGCAUCAGGUUGGCUGCUGUGAGCCCAAACCUGAGCCCGGGCCAUGCACAUCAGAGCCCAAACCCAUGCCCAGGCUGCCCAAACCCAAGCCCAGGGCACCUAGGCCAGAACCCAGGCCUAGGCUGCCUGUGCCAGAACCCAAGCCCAAGCCCAGGCCACCCUUGCCAGAACCCAAGACCAAACCACCCACAUCAGAACCCAAACCUAAGCCCAGGCUGCCCAUGCCAGAGACUGAACCUGAGCCCGGGCCACCUGAGUCCCUGUGCAUUCACCAUCCAUGUAUAAGACAACCCCCAUUUUUUUACUAAUUAUUUUUUAGCAAAAACCAUUGUCUUAUACACAGAAAAAUACGGUAAUUCUAGUUCCAAUGGUUUUAGUAAAUUUUCUAGAAUAGCUAGGCUAACCAGUCUGUAAUUUUCUGGCUGUCUUUUUACCUUACAUCCCCGCUUUUUGUAAAAUAAAAAAUAAUACAAAGUUAAACCAAGUAUAUCAGCAUUAUCUAGCUGAUAAUGUCCAACUACUAUUGAAUAUAAUAUUUGAUAGUAUCCAGUUCCAUGUAUGUGGUGAUGCACUUUAAACAUUUUCAUAUUAAUUUCAAUGGACGUAUGGGUAUAUAUGGUUAAACCUCAGCUGUAACAUCUGUCAUGUGAUCUUCAUUAAUGUUUUCCUAUUUUUCUAGGCAUUAGAUGGUCAGAAUAUUUAUAAUGCCUGUUGUACCUUACGGAUUGAUUUUUCCAAAUUGGUCAACUUGAAUGUAAAGUAUAAUAAUGAUAAAAGUAGGGAUUAUACUCGCCCUGACCUUCCCUCUGGUGAUGGCCAACCAGCUUUGGAUCCUGCUAUUGCUGCUGCCUUUGCAAAGGAGACCUCUCUUCUAGGUAUGAUUUUGUUUCUUUCUCUCUCCAUUCUCAUUAUUUACAAUGUCUUCUAAGAUAGUAUCUGCAGAUUGUAUUAACUUUUUAUCCAUGCAAUCAUUAAUGAGAAUACUGAAUAAAGUAGACCCUGAGCUCUGAAGAAUAGGUCUGUUGAUUACUACUUUCAAUAAACUUUUCUUCCCUUUCAACAAAUUCUGUUCACAUUAGCUGAUUCCUCACUCCUUUUUAACCUGUAUCCCUCCCAGUCUUUUAACUUGAGUACCUGCUACUGAAGCUAACAGGGCUGCCCAUUAUUUCAGCUUCUUUUAUUCCAUUUCUUUACUACAUAUGUUUUAUAUUCAUUGGGUACCCCCCAGAACCUAUAAAAUGAAUCUUAAUACAUGUGCUAUUUCAUGUAAGGCCUUUUCUAGUAUUAUUGGAUGGGGAUUGCUUGGCCCCACAUAGUUGAGAGCAAGAGCACCUGGCUUUUCCUCAAUCUCAGAUGCAUUAACUCCUAUAUCGCUACGGUUCCUCUUUUAUGAAAACUGAAGCAAUGUGGUCUUCUCAUCACAGAACUGAUGAAACCUUACUGCUUCAGACAUGACUUUAAACCUUCUCUGUGUAUAGCAUUUUCUCUACUGUUAAGUUAUAGCCACUCUCAUGUCAUCUACUGCCAGGUUUACAGUCUCUAUAUAUGUAUUACAGUGAAGCUCAGUGGCAUAUCAAGGCAUUUUUAAUAAGUUUGAAAAUGUAAUUCUUAUGUUUACUUCUUUCCAUGUGUUCUUGCUGCAGAGUUGAGAAUUAUUUCUCAUUUUCCUUUUGCUUACCUCUCUGUGGUGUAAGCAGUGGGGUGGGGGCAACCUUGUUGCUGAAAUCAUAUUACUCUUUCCCUUCAUUGGGGCAACACAUUGUAUUGUCGAAAGACAAUUAAAUUUACUUUUUGCUUUGUGCUGAUGAAUAUUGCUUCAAGGGGAAAUGCACUGAACUGUGAGUAUGGCUAUAGGUGAUUAUGCAUGCAAUUUGAUUCUGUUUAUUUUAUUUAUCAGCCAGGCCCCAUUAAAUAUAGAAGCAAGAAUGUUCUCUUGAGAAAUACUUACGUGCACAUGAGCUAGUGAUUUUCCUGACCGUGUGAAGUUUAGAUACAAUCCCUCAGUUUAAAAACCCCCCAACAACAUUGGGGCUCUGCUGUCCAUGUCUGCUAUCUCCUGAUGUAACAUAAUAUUCAGAACUAGUGCAGUGCUAUUCAUACUUUCUCUUAACUUUCAUUCUUUAAUUCAUCUGAGGUAUAUACAGUCUGGUGCUAUUUCUGGGUAUCCAGGAUUAAAAGGUAAAACUUUAAUGGAUAUCAUUGGCCCAGAUGUAUACGUAUGAUAUGUUUCCUCAUACAAUUUUUUCUUCUGCAAAAGGAUAACUGCUCAUUAAAAAGGAUGGCCAAUUUACAAAUAGAAAAACUCAGUUUCAAUCUAUUAGGAGAAGUGCUUGAUUUCGAUUGAUGAUAUAAAAUUUGUACUCUAUUAAAGAAAAUUGGAUGAGGAGAAAUGCCAGAAGUUCACUAUGUCUAUUUGUGUAUCUUAAGAGCAGUAACAUGAUGGUGGUGACUUAAUUUAACCCAGGGGAUGGGUUGGGAAUUAAAAGUUCGCAAAUUUAAAACUGAAGAUGCAUUUGAGUCCUUUCUGUCUGCAUUUGGAUACUUUCACCAGAAUUCACUCCUGUAUUUUCUGUGAAUAAGCCAAUCGCUGUCAGUCUUCUCUGUGAGUCCUUAUGCUACAAGUAAUACCUAGUAGUAAGAAGGAAUUAGCGUUGAAUUGGCUUUAGUAAAUUUAUUCAACAUGGUUAAAAACAAUGGAUAUGAGCAUGUAGCAAAUCAAUACAUAAAACAACAACAGCAUCCACAAACUUUGUCAGCAAACCAGAUGCAUGAGGGGAAAGGGAAGUUGUAACCUGGUGCCUGUGAGAAAAGGAAUGUGUUGGCGCCAGACCAGUGUGGCUGGAGAGAUGCUGUCAUGAUUGGUGUUGCAAAAUGUGUGUGUUUCCUCUGAUGCUGUGGAGGUAGCAUGCCUUUGAAUACCAGUUGUUAGGAACACCAGUAGACAGUGUGUUGUUGCACUUCCAUUCUGCUUGUGAACUUCACAUAAGGUUCUAGUUGGCCAUAGUUGGCCACUGGGAGCAGUAGGGUUCUUCUUAAGUUUUUAUGUUUGAAUUUUAAAAAAUGAAUUCAUAACGCGAGAAAUGUGGUUCAGAAGGUUUUGCCUACAUAUAGCUCCCUUAAGGAAAUACUAUGUGUAAAAGGAGUGGGGGCUGUGCCCAUAUCUUGUGUAAUGUUUGCAUGUGUUUGCUCUUCUCUGGCCUUUAGUAGGAGGAAAAACACAACCAUUUUAAUCAAUAAAACAAGGAGUAUGGCAGAGAGUUGAAAAAGAGUAACUUUUAGAGGGUAAUUUGCAGUAAAACCAUAGACUUUUUUUAGCACCCUUUCAUACAAUCAUAGCAGCUGAAAGGGGAUUUUUAAAAAAAUGACUUUAAAAUGAAAAGGGUAAUAGUGCUAAAGGCUGAGAUCAUUAUCACCUUUGAGUGAGGUUUUUUUGGGAAAAUGCUUUGUAUUCACUCACUACAGAUUGGCAGAGUGCUUAAAGAGGAAGAUUAAGAGUAAUUUAAAGCAGUCUUCCAAAAAAAGCACCACCCUUUAAAUUACCCCCUUUAAACAUCCUCACAAGCCACAGUAGCUUCCCGGAUCACCCAGCCACAAUGAAGGUGGUAAUAUUCUUCCAAACUACACCUUGAGCCAGGAGAGCUCUUGGUAAGGGAGAGCUGGGUGAGUCAUUGGGUGAAGUUGACUGUACUUCCGUUUUCUUGUGAGUUGAUGGAGCAGAGGAAUGACAACAGCUGCAACUGGGUUUUUUUAAACUGGAAAUGUUCUGUUCUCAGAACAAGCACACAUUCUUUAUAUGGAAGCUUUAAUGUUCCAGGUUUUGUUUUAUUUUUUGGUAAAAAGCUUGUUUUGUUAAUUUUUAAAACAUCCUUAGGUGAGGUGAGUGCUGCAGAUGGCAUUGUGCACCUAGUAGCUCUUUAGCAGCUACAGCGCUGCUACAGGGUGUUCUCCCAUUAAUCUCCAAAGGGUUCAGCUGAUAGUACAUGCACAUUUUUCAAUUAAUCUCUGCAGCAUUGAAUAAUAUUUAGACUGUAUUGAACAACCAGCUCUUAUAAGACCUUAGGUACACAUGACUUCUACAUCCAGCACAGGUAGCUUGUGAAUAAAGGAUUCUGGGAAAGGUGUGUCAUGGUGUUACUUGUUGCUCCUUAUCUACAGCAUUUUCUUUUAGAAAGCAUUUGAUUUAAGAAGUUGUGGUUUCUGUGUUAGGAGGAGUGACUGUCUAGACUUGAGAUUUGGUGCUUUGUGGCUCUGGGCCUUUUCUCAAACUGUAUAUCGUUGCAAGAAGUUGUGAUGAUUUCAGUGGUAGGAGGAAUGAUGUUCCUCACAGGAUUUAGACUCAAGAUUUAGACCCAUCAGAAGUCAAGGAGAUAAAGAACUACACAGCUUUUAGAAGACAUUUGCUGAAGGCAGCCCUAUAUUGGGUAGUUUUUAAUGUUUGAUAUUUUAUUUUGUUUUUCUAUGCACUGGAAGCUGUCCAGAGUGCCUGGGGAAACCCAGCUGGGUGCGCAGGGUAUCAAUAAUAAAUUUAUUAUUAUUACUAUUAUUUGAUGGUUUUUGGCUAUAAGCCUCGCUCACUAUCUUAGAUAUUUGCAAAAUAUCAAAGGAGCAGGUCAAAUGUAUUUCUCUUGUCUUUGUUUUCUUAUAGUUAAAGACAUGUUGGAGGCACGCCUUAUUGAGUAGCUGAACUUGAAAGUGCUUGACCCAUUUGUUUAGUGUGACUUGUUUUCAUGUGCCAUUGAAGCUGCCAUAGAUUUCUGAUGGGUAAAUUAAGCACAAACACCUUCAGUGAGCUAUUUCUUACAGGAUAGUGUUUGUGUUAACUGAAAUGGUAAGCUAAGGACUGAUAGGGAGGAAAUGCAAGGUUCUGUGUUGCGUGCUAGUGAACUGGUAACGAGGUUUUCGCUCUCAGGAUUCUUUGGAACAUUGGUUUGUCAUAAAGAAGCGGAAUUCCACAUAGGUCAACCUACAAAUGGAUAGAUCUGGACAAAGGCGCAAAACCAGCACAACACUUCUAAAUUAGAUUAUAUUGGAACGACUUGUGUGUGUUUCGUAAAAUAUGCUUUAUUUUAAAAUUAGGGCUUCCUGUUGCAGCUGUUCCAGGAGCGCUGAGUCCAUUGGGGAUUCCAAAUGCUGCUGCUGCUGCUGCCGCGGCAGCUGCCGGCCGUGUGGGUAUGCCUGGAGUUUCAGCUGGUGGCAACACAGUCCUCCUGGUUAGCAAUUUAAAUGAAGAGGUCAGUGAACCUACUUGUUCACCCUUCUUUUUUCCCCUUUACCAUGCUUCAUUUUGUAAACUGCUUAAGUGCUUCUUUAUCUUGAGCUUGCUUCUACUUUUUUUUAUUUAUUAAGAUCAGUGGCUCCCCCCCCCCAUGCUACUCAAGGUUGUUUUACAAUUAGAUUCCAAUAAAUUGUUUCUGUUAUAGUUAAAUACUUCUGUUUUCCUAGGUAGCCAGCAUCUUUUAAAUACCCUUUGCUAUUCGGCUACCUAUUUUUCCUAAGAAAAAUAUGGUAAAUAUUGCAUGAUCUGGAUGCCUUUUAGUUUAUUUUUCCAAGUACCUAUGUGCUCCAUUUUGUAAAUUGGUUCUUAAGAAAACUGCUGUUCUGUUUUGCCUGAGCUAAUUAUUUGCUUGUUCAUUUCAUGCUUACAUGUCAUUGCAUUUUUGUAGUAUUAAUUUGUGAACAGCUCUAACACAUUUUUCUUUGAAGGUUCUCCCAAAGAUCUUGCUGCAGCACUCUUCAAUCUCUCUUAGUAAUUUUAUCUUUCCUUCACAGUUUUUAUUCAUCUUUUCUCCUAAAAACAACAACACCACUUUACUUCAAUACUUCUUUAACUCUGAAAUCGAAGAGGUUUUCUUUAGUUUUGCAUUUUAUCAUCUUGUACCUUUACUUUGACUUGCUGUGAAAGCUGGUAUGAAAUGUGGGAUAGUUUGUAUCCUUUUGUCUCCUUUGAAUAUGUGUUUCAUUUUUUUAUUGGCCUCUUUUUAAAUAUGAGCCAUUAUGCUUUUCUCAUUUUUGUCAUUUACACUCUUGCACAUUAAAAUGCUUGGAUCAGAGUGCCAUUUUGAAAAACUCCUGCCUGCAUUUCAUAACCAGCCAUGCUUAUGCAGUUAAAGUUUAGAGUUGGGCUUGUUUUUGUUUUAAGUUUCUAUUGCAUGGAUUUUUCUUUUCUUUUCACAUUCAGAUGAGACGUAAUUUACUGUUUGAUAUGGAUGUACUUUACCCAUAUUUUGUCUUGGGUGACUACAUUUUACUCAGUUUUCUUGUACAAUACAUAAACCAACCAUUUUCUGACCAAAUUCCUGCAUUUCCUAUGUACUGACCUAUAUUUUAUUUUUUUUUGUUCCCCACUUCCUUAUUUUUCUUCUGCAUUGCUGUUUCCCUUCCCCAUUUCAUCCUUCUCCCUUUGUUCUCACCUACCCUUUCCCUGUCUCUUCCCAAAUUCCCACGCCCUUCCCUGUCUUCUCCUCUGCCUACCUUGUCUACACCCCCUGUCUCCAUUCCCCUAUGUUCAUGCUUCUGUGCUUGAACAAAAUGUUCCUCGGACCAACUUGCCCCAAUUAACCGCCUUGAACCAUGAUCCAUGACCACCUCACCAUUCUGCGGGAACCACCCUUCGUUAUGGAUGAUCUGUUCAUCUCCGCUCUUCCUCGACUCUUCUCUCUUCUUGUCUUAUGCUGCUUGCUCUUCUCUCCUUCUAAAGAUGGUUACGCCCCAAAGUCUGUUUACCCUCUUCGGUAUGUUAUCGUUAGCACUAUACUUUUAUUAUUGAUUUAAUUAUUUGUUUCACCUUAUUUGUAGCUAGCACUUUGGCUUUAAAGUUGAAUAGUAAAUCUUUUGCUAUUUUUCUUUUGCUGUUUUUUAAAGCUCUCCAUAGAUGCAAAUUUUUCUUUUAAUGCAUGCUUUUUUAUUUUGCAUGAUCUUUAAUUUAAUAUCAUUCACAUAGCUUUGAGGGUUUAUCAAAAAAAUGUCUUCUUUUUCAAAAUUCACCUAUUCAAAAUCUUGUUCUUCUUUAUUCAUUUGCGUGAAUGUUGGGAGAAGUGAGAGACAUGUUCCAAAUGUUUCAUUGAUAUGUCAAAAUGUGAUAUUCAGCUAUCCUUAAAAACGUUGUUUCUUUUGGAUUUACUUCUCUGAUUCUAAAAAGGUGUUUAUGGGGAUGUGCAGCGUGUGAAGAUUUUAUACAAUAAGAAAGACAGUGCUCUUAUACAGAUGGCUGAUGGAAACCAAUCACAGCUCGGUGAGAUUAGUGGGUUUUUCUCUCUUAUUUGCCACUUAAACGUUAGUUUUCGGUGUCCUUCAAGCCAUGUUUAAAUUUCAGCGUUUGCUUCUAAUCUUUCUAAAAUCUGAGAUUGUGUAGGAAGAAUGUUUUUUUCCUCAUAUCACAACUUCUUACACUGCUUUGGAAAUCUGAUCCUGAAGUUCCCCUUGCUUUUGAGUGACUUGCUAGGCCAGAGAGUUCCUUGUUAUUAACACAAGCUCCUUUUGUGAAUACCAUGGCUGGGAUCCAAAGAGCCCUGUGUACACAUAAAAUGCUUGCUUGCUUGCACAGGUGAAGGGUUGAAGCUUUCUCCCUUCCUUGUAUAUCUCCCUAGUCACAUCAAAUAUAACUGCAUCUUAAGGCAUAGCUUUUGGGAAGGGGGGGCGGGUGUGAGGGUCUUGAAAAACCUGGUGCAUGUGGAGCUCAAUGUGUAUGGCCUUUUGGAUCCUUGCCCAUAAAGUUAACAUACGUCUGAAGAAAACAAAGCCCUAUUGAAAUCAUAAUUUGUAUUAAUUCAGUGACCAUAAUAAUGACUUGCAAUGUAUGAAAAAGUAAUUUGUUUAUUGCUUUGCUGGGCACAUUUGCAAUAUAAGCACAGCUUUUAGAUUAGCUGUCAGUUAGAUUUAGACUGAAAGAUUUUCAGAUAGCAAUAAUAGCUAAAUUUGUCAAUUUAUCGAAAGAAAAUUGCCAUCAAAUGCUCCACCCCAAACACUGAACAGAGUAGAAAUUACAAUAGUGAAUUCAAUAGAAGAAAUGCUGAAAUGAAUAAUUGGUUUUGUUUUCCAGCCAUGAGCCAUCUGAACGGACAGAAAAUGUAUGGAAAGAUUAUUCGUGUGACUCUUUCCAAACACCAGACAGUUCAGCUACCUCGAGAAGGGCUUGAUGACCAAGGACUGACUAAAGACUUUGGCAAUUCACCUCUUCAUCGCUUCAAGAAGCCUGGGUCAAAAAACUUUCAGAAUAUUUUCCCUCCAUCUGCAACUCUUCAUUUAUCUAAUAUCCCGUAAGUGUGGGGAACACGGCUGAAAGAUUCAUACAAGAGCCAAACGUUAGCUUCUAAUCACCUCUCUCUUCUCCCCUUUGUCCCCCUUUUUGUUUAGACCAUCAGUAUCCGAAGAUGACCUACGCAUGCUGUUUGCUAAUACUGGGGGAACUGUGAAAGCAUUUAAAUUUUUUCAGUAAGCAUGUUUUCUUUGAAACUUCAUUUAAAACGAGAGAACAGCUGCCUUUGGUAAGAACAAGGUUUAUGUUACAAUUUUCUAGUGCUGUUUUGGUAUCUAAUUUUAUUGCUUUGUUCCAGAAGAGAUCACAAGAUGGCUCUUCUUCAGAUGUCAACAGUAGAAGAAGCUAUCCAGGCUUUGAUUGAUCUGCAUAAUUACAAUCUUGGAGAAAAUCAUCAUCUGAGAGUUUCUUUUUCCAAAUCAACCAUUUGAAGUGCGAGAUCAAAAUAAUAAGGUUGUAUCACGUUGUUUAGUGUUGUCAUCUAUGACUGUUCGGGAAAGCGGGGACCAGAGAUGGACAUCUGUUUUUCAUGCUGUUACCAUUCCUUGAUUGUUUAUGUAUAAAUGAAAACAAAAAAGGAUUUACAAGGAAGAAGCAGUGGUAUUAUCUGCUGGUUUUGCAUAUGUUUAUGAAAGGAUUUUGUUUAAAAAGGGAUUCUGAGGAAAUCCCAUAGUUUUUCAACUUAGUUAACAUACGUGCCUUAAAAAAGGAAAACCUAGAGUUGCUAGAAUUGCAUUUACUAGUUUAAAAAAUUGGUUGUCUGGGGCACAUUGUUACAUGGGAAUUAAUGGGUGCAAUCCAGUAAACAUUAGGUUUGCCUACAUCCCAUUGAAAUCUAUUGAUUUUUAAAGCAUUGAUUUCAGAGGGACAUCGCUGCACCUAACUUUUGCAGGAUUAUGCCAAAUGUGUAUUAGGCAGGAGUGUGUAAAAAGGGUUAAGCUUUGUUUCUCCUGCUUGGAAUUUAUUGGCUUUCAUGAAUCUUUUUUUUUUUUAAUGAAAUAUGUUGCGUUACUUUAAGAGAUAUGUAGCACAUUUGACUUGUGCUUCUCUCUUGUCUCUUUCUUUUUUAAUUAAGUAAAAUGGCCUUGUGUAUUCCAGAUUUAGUUUGGUCAAGGAUAUAGGCAUAAGUCAGAGUUAACAAGAUGCAGAGAAAUAAUUUCUUUUAAAGACAGGAUGAUUAUUUUGUUUGGGGUUUGUUAGUUAGUUUGUUUUACCCCUCGGGCUUUGAGCCUCUGUGGGGAAAGCAUUGUUAAGUCUUAACCUUUUUUGUACACACACUCUGGGGGCGUAUCAUAUAAAUGUUGGCACUAAGUAAUGUCUUGUUUGUGGCUGAAUAUUUUUUGUAGAUGUUUUUUGAAGUUGACAUGACUUAUGUGCAUUUAAAUAUAUAUUGCCAUUUUUAGUUAGUAAUUACAAUUUGAAAUAUGGUUGUGGAUUUCUGAGCAUGUGCAGACCGGUCUAGCUAGUUCAGGAGUUGGUGCAUGUAUUUCAAGGAUGAAGAAAGUGUAUUGCAAACUUUUGCAGGAAGAUUAAUAAUUUUUGUGGCAGUUUUCUUUAUAAAACAAAAACAAAAACAAAACUGACAACCAGGUGGGACCAAAGUUUAUGUGCCUUUAGUCUUAAUUUACCUUGCAUUGUAAUAUUCAGUUUUAAUAAAUCUCUUCAAAAUAUUUUGUAUCUAGAAAUGGAUCUGACUUUACUAUAAACAUGACUCAGAAUCUACAGGAAAAAUUAAUUAAUUUGAAAGCAGUUCCUCUGUCAGUCCGAACUGUUGUCUUGAUUCUGUUCAAAUGACCAAUACUUUUUGCAAUUGAUGUACUUAGUUCCAAGAGUCAUAGAUUCUGUUAUCUAUGUAGAAAAAGGUCAUGUAUAUUUUCUAUUAGUUGAGUUUUUACAUCUUUAGAAAUGUAAUAUUUCAGUAUAGUUUGAAAGCGGCACAAUUAAAAAUUAAUUUUCUAACAAAGUUGGGAGGUUUGAUGGUUGUUUAAUUUCUUCUUAUGUGUACGCUGCUUGCCUCUGUAGCAUGCUCAAUAAACACUUCUGUAGCUCUGU